GAGCUGCCGACGGCCAUGGCUGCCGCCACAUGUACGGGGGACUGCCGCUAUUUCGAGCGCUGGCCACGUGGCCCGGACCGUUGCCUAAAUUUGGCGGCUGGGCCCAGUUUCAGACUGGCAGCGACCCGAGAGGAGUGGCUGCGACCCCGGGGGUUCCGACUCGUAAGUUGCCAGCGGCCCAAUCACAACAAGCGUGUGUUGUUGACCCGCUGGACCCGCGGCAGGUGGCCGCCGCAUCCCGGAGACAUGGCGAGCAGCGCGUCCACCACCACCACCAUCAGCAGCAUCGCUGUGCAGUCGGGCAACACCCGGCUUGUGAUAGCCCUCUUGCAGUCUGGCGAUGUCCUGGAGCUGCGCAUCCAGGAGUUGUCGCCGGAGAUGAGCGACGUGGGAAGCAACUACGAAGAAGCGCUCCACCUGCAGCAGCAGCACCAGCAGGUCCUGCAGAAGCUACAGAACAAACAGAGCCCCGUCGAGGAGCUGCUGAGCCAAGCGGAUGAGCUGAUCGCGAACCAAAAGCCUAAAGCACAGGUGUACUCUGCUAUGGCACACAACCUUGGUCUGGCUUGGAAGAACUUGAACGCCCAGUUGGAGCACCGAAGUAUCGUGCUGGACACCGCAGUCCAAUACCAUGCCGCGGCCAAGAAGCUCUCAGAUGAACUGGCUAAGGGUGAGCAAGAAUUCUCGGACACCGUCUUGCCGGAUCACGUAGCCGCAUGCGAAGCUCGCCUGCAGAAGCUGAAUGAAGUGCGUAAAGCCAUCCUCGAGGCGUCUAAGCGGAGCCUCCAGCCAUUCCAGAACCUGCUGCAGACGCUCAAGGAGGUAGCCAGCACGGGCGACUCACGGCCCCUGCAGCCGGCGGCCGCCCUGGCAGCCAUAGCGGCCCUCGAGAGCCAGCACGAAAACCUCCAGGACCAGAGGCGCAAGCUAGGCCUGCUGUGCGAGGCAAGGAAAGAGGCGCUCGAGAAGCGGCUCAGAGCACUGCUGCUGAGCAGGGAACUUGACGAGGUGGAGCGUCAGCUGGAUCACAGCCCCGAAGAUACAGCCUUGGGUGAUUCCCCGGCGAGCAGCGAAAUUCUCCUCCACGAGCACACGACGAGGAUCGCCUCUGCGAACGAGAAAUUGCGAGAUCGAAUGCUCAAGCUGCUGAAGUCUGCUAAGCAAAUUCAGGACGCUGAGGUCGAAGCGCGCGCCUUCGACUUGAUGGCACGCGUGACAAGCCGCAUCGAACGCGACGAGAUCCGGAAGAGGGACCUCAAGGAGGCGGUGGAAUUCUUCAACGAAGCUCAAACGGCGCUGAACAAAUUGGAUCAGCUCCAAAUUCAAGUUUCCCAAGGCCCCGUUCAAGACUUGGCUGCAGCGACCGCGCUUUUGGAUGCGUGCGUCGAGAGACCCCUUUCCCUCGGUCAUGGCAUCCUGGCCCGCUUGUCUGUCGGCACCAGCGGCGUUCAAGAGAAGGUCGACGAACUGCAAUGCCGGCACCUGCAAGUGAGGCAGAUGUACGAGCAAAAAGCAGUGGAUGUCGUGGAGAGCAGCGAACGCGCAAUUAGCUUCCUGACACAGUGCAAUAGUCUCUACAAGUGGUGCAUUGAAGUCGUGCAGACGUUCCUGGAACGUAACAGCCGGCUUGACACUGGAGCGGCAGCUGCUCACGACUUCCUGCAAAGACACCAGAAGAUGCUGAACGAGCUGCAAGCCAGGGAGCCCCAGAUGACAAUUUUGCUAGCGCAGGACGACUCGAGGUCUAAGGAGCUUCUUCAGCUGUGGCAGCAUCUGCGUAGCCUCUUGGAGCAACGCAUUCGAAUCGCCCAACGAUACCUGAGCUGCUGCAAACUGUCUACUCAGUUGAUGGAAGAUUUAAAGACAAUAAGUGACGCCGGACCUGAACGCCAAGCUUCGAUCAACGAAAAUUUCAUGCAGUUUGAUCACAACGCAAACAAUUUUCUGCACGAUGCCCAAAGAAUUCAGGACACGUGCUUAGAUGUCACAAAAGCCGUACGCCACAUCCAAGAAACACUGGACCAGUGCCAUCAGCUGAAGAACAAUCCUGGCAGCAACACAGAGCAACUGAUCAAGGACGCUCAAAAAACUAUGGAGUCAGCAGUAAAGAUCGAGUCAGAGCUGUACCCUGCCAUACCUCGGGAAUUGAAUCGCGCAGAAACCAUCGCGCAGUAUCUGGGAAGACAUCUGGACACGCUGAUGCCUCUUGUCAGGACGAUCCAGUCGGAGCUGGAUGCGAGGAUCGAAGCGACGUCUACACUUCAGAGGAAGGAGCACCUUGCCCAACAACUGCGCUCAACUCAGCAGAGCUUCCAGAAAAACAUUUCUCAGUACCAAGACUUGGUCAGGGCCAUGAUAAGCUUUUUUGACUACUUUUCACAGCUGGAGAAGAAACUUCAAGAAACCCACGAACACGAAGCCGUACUGGCGGAGGCUAAGCAGCGAGCAGAAAACUUGGCAUUGUUAGUCGACAAAACUGAACCGAGCGAGGCGGCAGUGCUGGACCGCGACAAAAUUCACUCAUUGGUGGACAACCAGGGCGCGCUGUUGGCGGCCAGCCUGCGCAAGUCGCACCAGGAUUCGCAGAUGAGCAAAUUCAACGAGGAGCUUCACCUGAUCAACCAGCAGGUGCGCGAGCUCACCGAUUCGCUCAAGCGGGACUCUUCCAAGUGCCACGUCGUCGAGUUCCAGCAGCGCAUACAGUCCCUGGAACGAAGAAUUGAGGUGCUCAGUACGUCCUCGCGUCUGCAGACCGACAGCGCGCGAAUGGAACUCGAAGAACUCACGUCUCGAUGGAGAAAUUUCCACAAGGAAGCCAUGGCAGUGCCCCCACCGCAGCCUAUCGAAAGGAAGGAAGUGAAAGAAGUGUGCGGACCAUCGUUCGUGGUUCCCCUGGAUGACGUUGAAGUGCAAGAAGGUGCAAAGUGCAGCCUCGUGUGUGUACUUGCCGGGCAUCCACCUCCGACGGUUCAGUGGUACAAGGAUGGCGUCUCCAUUCGGGGCAACUCAGAUUACGUCACGACAAGCCAGCCACUCGAGGACGGCACGACAGAACAAAAGCUGACCAUAGAGGAAACCCUCGCCGAUGACUCAGCCAAGUUUUGCUGCAAGGCUAUAAACGCUGCGGGUUUGGCCGAAACGUCGUGCCGCCUGAGCGUCCGAGAGCAAGCACGCGAGAGCGCCCUGGAAGAAGUGUUCAUCGAAGCUCUGGAGGAACACACUACGCAGACAGUCGGCGGGGUGCUGACGGAGCCGACAUUCGUGCAGCCGCUUCCCGCCAUUGCGCAGUUGCGGCCCGGCGAGGAGCUGCGUCUCGAGUGCACCGUCCAGGGCAGGCCCGAGCCGCGUGUCUCCUGGUCCAAGGACCUGCUGCCAGUCCGAGACGCCGCGAAGCCCACCCAGGAGCAAGGAAGAGCACGGCUGGUGCUCGCUGGCGCAACAGAGAACGACUCUGGCACCUACACUGCCGUCGCCAAAAACAAGGCCGGCGAGACGGCCUGCUCCUGCCAAGUGAAAGUGGCCGAGGACGCUCCGCCGCCGGAGCCUCCGCGAGUGCUCAAGGCCCUGGAGGACCUGGAAGUCAAGCCUGGACCGGAUCUCGUCACGCUGGAAUGCGUCAUUGUUGGACGGCCCGAACCAGAGGUGAUCUGGUACCACAACACGCAACCGAUCAAGGAGUCUGAGCGGGUGCGGCUGCUGUUCCGGGGAGACAAGUGCUCUCUUUUACUCAACGGCAUCAACACACAGAACGCCGGCACGUACCGCUGCUCGGCGGUCAACCCUAUGGGUAGCUGUUUCACGGAGUGUAAAUUACGUGUGGCGCUCUCCGCUCCUGUUUUUCUGGAGCCGCUUAGAGACGUGACCACGGAUGAAGGGAGCCGUGUGGUGCUCACUGCCAAGUUGUGGGCGCCGGAGCCACCUUUCGUGCACUGGUUCAAGGAUGGUAGAGAACUGUUACCCAGCCCUGAUUUUCAGGUCAGCCACGAUCCGGAUGGAACGGUGAAGCUACUGAUCCCCAAAGUGACAGGGAAUGACAGCGGCCACUAUGAAGUGGAGGCUAGCAACCCUGGAGGACGUACGCGCACGGGCUGCAGGAUGCACGUUCGCGAACCUCAGAAGGCAGCCCAGGCGGCAACCACCCAACUUGCUGUAUCGAGGACGUCGAAGCAGACCGUGUCCGUGUCCAAGAGUGGUUCGGAGCUGCGGCUAGCCCGUUCGCUACCCUCCGAGCUAGUGGUGCAGAGCGGAACCAAGGUGUGCCUAAGCGUGGCCAGUGCGCAGCCUCCUGGUGGCCAGUUAACAGCCUCAUGGUUUCGGUCGGGUCAGCCUAUAACUGACUCACCAGACUUCCGGCUCACCCGGUCAUUGGAGAACGUGGCCGGAACGUCACUGGCCGUGUUCAGUCUAACCAUCUCCGAAGCCUUCCCUGAGGACUCUGGUGACCUUGAAGUGCGCGUGCAAAGUCCUAAUGGCGUUGUGACCGCGAACACCAAGUUAAUUGUGCUUGACGAAGACGACGAAGGAACUGACAACGUGCAAAGACGCGACGAGAGCAUCCAGCAAGCGAGCGAGGUGAAAGUGUACGAGACAAAGGUGCCUCGACCGGGACCAGGGGACUCGACCGGCUUGGCUCUGUCGGGCGACCUGCAAAUGCGCGUGACUGAAGUGACACACGUGAACGAGAUGCCGCCGGAAGUGUCAGAAGAGACAACCACAAAAAUAGUGGACCAUGCAGGUGCCAAAGACAAAGUCACAGAAGAAGUGACCCGCCGGGUGACCAAGAGAGUCACUGAGAUUACCAAGACCCAAACUAAAGAGGUGAGGGGUCCCUUGGUCUACAAAUGGGAGUUUCGCAAAUGGGCCUGCUGCUUGCGGCACAAUCUGAGCACCAGUCGGGCCAGCCGCGCGGCGGGGCCCUUGAGGCGUGUCGAGCCUAUUCCUGUGGCCCCGGAGCCCAAAUUCGACAUCCUGGAGCCCAAGUACGAUGCCCCGCUGCUGAACAGCAGGCCCAUCCGCGCGCCGCCAUCACCUCCGGUGCAGCCGGAACAGAGCCGCCCAUCGUUGUUCGAGCCGCUGUCGGUGCGCACCAGCUUCUGCCUUGAAACGGGCCAAUUCCAGAGUCCGCGAUCCAUCAUUCGUACCAAGACAGCCAGCCCCGUGUGGAGUCCCAAGAAGAAAGCAGUGGUGAUCGCCGAGAACCCGGCAACGGGUCAGCGCGUGUCGGCGCCCGUAUUCCUGCAGGGUCCCGAGGACGUGUUCGCGGCGCCAGGGCAGCCGGCGACGCUGCGCGCGCUCGUCACGGGCUGCCCGGCUCCACGGCUACGCUGGUUCAAGGACGGCCUGCCCGUGCACGGGCCCGACCACGUGGUGGGCCAGCCGUCCGGUCCGGCCCCUUGGACCGCCUGGCUCAGCAUCCCCGAAGCGUUCCCCGAGGACUCGGGCGUCUACGUGUGCACGGCGUCCAACCUGGUGGGCAACACGAGCGCCUGCUGCAGGCUCACCGUCUUCGAAACCGGGAUGGUCGUGCAGCCGGCCCACACGUGGGGGCCUCCGAACGCCAGCCCGCCCACGUUCGAGCCAAUAACUCAGGGCGGCGGGCUGCUGUACGAAGGAUCUGAUGCCAAGUUCCAGGUCAAGGUACACGGGAACCCACCUCCCGAGGUGGUGUUCACGCGGCGGGGCAUGCCGCUGCGAAACGACCCGAGGCGCCAGGUGACUUACGACCCGACGACAGGCAUCUGCUGCCUGCACAUCCGCAACCUGACAGCCGAGGAUGACGGCGACUACAAUUGCUCGGCCGUCAACUGUGCGGGCGAGGCCUCGCUUACCCUUACCAUCCGCGCGGCAGCGGCAGCUGUUAUGCGUGGUCAGAUGCAACAGAUGACGACAGUUCAAAGGACGCAAGUCAUCGACUCGAGGACACAAGUGCAAGAUGGCGUUUCGCCAAUUCACUACUUUGCUGGCCACGACCAGACUUUCAGAGUGGACACAUUCGAGUACCGGCUCUUGCGCGAAGUGGAGUUCCGGCAGUUCCUCAUUGGACGUGAGCAGGCGCCUCUGCCGGCAGUACCCGGAGUGCCAAUUUCUGCACCUAUGAUUCAGGCACGGCCACGGAACUCCAAGCUUCUGGAAGGAUCUGAUGCCACAUUCACAGUUAAAAUCGCAUCCAAUCCUCCAGCACAGGUUUAUUGGUUCCGAAAUGGCGAGCGCCUUCAAGCAUCACAGAGGGUGAUCAUGGAGCAGCAAGGAUCUACAUACAUCCUCCGCGUCCACAUGGCUCUGCUUGAGGACGCCGGUUACUACACGGUCCUCGCUGUAAAUCAACAAGGCUGCGUCGCCUGCUCUGCGCACUUGGUUAUUGAAUCUAUGCCUAAGGCCGAGGAGCCAAGACAGGCAGACUCAUCCAGUUUCGUCAUGACAGAAACAUCCCGAACGCUCAAGCCCAGCUUCACCAAAAUACCCCAAGACCAGGAGGUCACCGAAGGCAAGAUGGUGCGCUUCGACCUACGUGUGUCGGGACGGCCGUUCCCAGACAUAACAUGGCUGCGUAACGGAGUCCCCGUCAACGAUGACGCCACGCACAAGCUUCUUGUCAACGAAGGAGGCCAGCACGCACUUAUGAUCACGGCGGCAUCGCGGGAGGACGCCGGCACGUGGACGUGCAUCGCCAACAACAAGAGCGGCGAGUGCCGCUUUGAAGUACACCUUGUGGUCAUCGAAAAGGAGCAGGUGGUGGCACCCAAGUUCGUCGAGCGCUUUCAGUCACUCAACGUGCGAGAGGGCGAGUCUGUGACGCUGCAUUGCCGUGCCGUGGGUACGCCGACACCGCGGAUUACCUGGCAAAAGGAUGGUCGACAAGUCCACUCGCAGCCGCCGAACCUUAUCAUUGAGACGCAAGAAGGAAGCUCAGCACUGUACCUGAACCGUGCCACAGCCUCAGAUUCGGCGUGGUACCAGUGCACUGCGCAAAACCAGGCUGGUUCGACGGCAACAAGGGCGCGACUGCAUGUGUUAACUGAACCGAAGAAGCACACUGAACCAUGGUCGCUUCACCUUCCCAAGCCAACCAAAGUUAUAUCGCCCGAGAAGUCGCCACCACGCGAGACCAUCUGGCUGCGUCACGUGGAGCGCGCCUAUCAGCCAGUGCGGGGACCGGAGGACGAGAGGGCGCCCCAGAAGCCGGCCUUCACUACACACUUGCAGGACCUUGUCCUGCACGAAGGCGAGCGCGGCCACCUCGACGCUCGACUGAUCCCCAUCGGGGACGAAACCAUGAUCAUUGAGUGGUUCUGUAACGGACGCCCUAUUGAAGCAAGCUCCCGUGUAAUGACCACGUACCGUUUUGGAUAUGUGGCGUUGACGCUUCUGCAUGUGUAUCCUGAGGAUUCUGGCGUAUAUGUCUGCCGGGCAACAAACGAAGCCGGAGAGGCGACGACCACGGCCACACUGCGAUGCACAGCUCGGCCAGCAAUCGAACGCAAAGCCAUCCAGGAAGACAGCAUUAGAGCCAUUCAGGAACUGGAAGACGCCGAGAAAUACUCCCGCCAGUUGUCAAUCGACGAGACCGCGACCCUUACGAAACCUGUAUUCAUCAGACCUCUGAGCAACAAGGACAACCUUCUCGAAGGUUCGAAUUGUCACUUCGAAGCCCAGCUGACUCCUGUAAAUGAUUCCACUAUGAAGGUGGAAUGGUUCCUUAACGGCCAACCGCUGACCACAGGCUCACGCAUCAACAGCACUUUUAGCUUUGGCUACGUCUCCCUGAACAUCAUGUCACUCCGUUAUGAGGAUUCCGGAGUGUACAUGUGCAGGGCCACUAACGCCAAGGGAGAGGCUGUGUCUACGGCGACCUUGAGGGUCAAAGCGCAAGGCCUCGUCACUGGAGACCUGGGCAUUCCGGAGCAAGAGGCUUACAUACGAAAGACGCAGGAGCUGGAAGCAUACCAGAUGGCCCAGCACGCGCCUAAGGAAAUCAUUUUCGAACCUGUUUCAACCAUGAAGCCCAACUUUAAGACAGGUUUAAGGGAUCAGCUGAAUGUCAAGGAGAACAGUACAGUGCACUUCGAAGCUCGCCUCGAGCCAACGGGAGACUCUUCGAUGCGUGUUGAAUGGUUCAAAGACGGACGUCCACUAGAAGCCAGCUCUCGAACUACGACUUUCUUCAACUUUGGCUACGUCUCUCUCACAAUUCGCGGAGUUGAGGCCCGCGAUUCUGGUGUGUACACCUGUCAAGCGACCAACUCUAUCGGUUCAGCCACCACACAGGGCCGUCUCGUCUGCGUGUCUCAAGCGUCAAUUGUGAAAGAAACUCAGCACCCUGGUGGCCUCCAGAAGAUCCAACAUUUGGAGGAUUCCUCGCACUAUCAACGAUCCGAAUUCGAAGAGAUGUCCAUAACAGAGAAGCCAAAGUUCACACAACCGCUUCAAGGACCCAAUGCUGUAAAGGAAGGUCAGAGCGUCCACUUCGAGACUCGCCUGGAGCCGAUGGGUGAUCCCAACAUGAAGGUUGAAUGGUUCCACAAUGGCCGUCCACUGGCUACUGGCCAUCGCUUCAAGACGUACUUUGACUUCGGAUACGUCGCUUUGGACAUUUUGUACACAUUCCCUGAAGACACUGGCACCUUUGAAGUCCGGGCCACCAAUAAACUCGGAACGGAUAUACUGAAGAAGGAGAUUAACGUGCAAGUGAAAGCGGCUGUUGACACAAGCGCCAUCCACGAACUAGGGCUUGAGAAAAUUGAGUACCUUGAGGGCUCUGGUGUCGACCACAGCGGCUACCACAUCGAGGAAGUAACAAGGACUAAGCCGUACUUUAAGGUGCCCCUCAAAGACCCCAAGGGACCACUGAAAGAGGGAGAGUCCGUCGUAAUGGAGUGCGCCAUUGAGCCUGUUCAAGACUCGACCAUGAAGGUGGAAUGGUUUUUCAACGGCCGCCCACUACCGACUGGUCACAGGUUCAUUACGAAGUACGACUUUGGCCGGGCAUUCCUUCAGAUUUUAAACCUGGUUCCAGAAGAUACUGGACAGUACACUCUGCGAGCAACCAAUCAUCUUGGAUCUGCGCAUUCAACCUCAUGCAUCAAAGUUAUCGGCAAGUCCGGUGUAAUCACCGACUCUCAGUACCCAGAAGGCUGGGAAAAGAUCCAGCACCUGGAAGACCACUCGCGUUACACCCGCCAGGAGCACCAGGAAAGCAUUAUCACCCAGAAACCGACUUUCAGCCGACCGCUGCAUAAUGUGGAAACUGUAGAAGGCGCCAACGUACACCUAGAGUGCCGACUGCAGCCUGUUGGCGAUCCCACCAUGCGGGUUGAGUGGUUCAGAAACAGUGUGCCCAUCAAAGUCGGACAUCGAUUCAGGCCUGCACACGAGUUCGACUACGUCGCCUUGGACAUCCUCAGCUUCUAUCCAGAGGAUUCGGGCAUCUACACGUGCAAAGCUACUAGCUCACUCGGUGAAAACGUCACGUCUUGUAACGUGAACUGCUUCGCCAAGUCGCAGCUCAUUCUAGAGUCCCAGCACCCUGAAGGUCUUCAGAAAAUACAGCAACUUGAAGACCAAUCCCGCUAUCGUCGCGAGAUCGUUGAGGAGACAACGGUGAAAACCAAGCCCUCCUUCACAUCCAAUAUGACGGCUCUUAGCCUUCGCGAAGGACAGAAUGCCCACCUGGAGUGCCGGCUUGAGCCCGUGAACGAUGCUGACCUCAGGGUUGAGUGGUUCCACAACGGUGUAUCGCUUCCUAUCGGCCAUCGGUACCGUCCCUUCCAUGACUUUGGCUAUGUCGCACUGAAUAUCCUAUCACUUGUGCCAGAGGAUUCGGGAACUUACACCGUACGUGCCACGAAUUCCCUUGGAAAGGCCGAGCUAUCCACUACAAUCCUUGUCGAAGGAAAGUCAUCCGUUGACACAGACACUCAGCAUCCUGAGGGAUUACAGAAAAUUCAAGCCCUCGAAGGCCAUCACUACGAGAGAGACACUGGGGACCUCGACCAGUCUGUUACAACAGCACCCGUCUUUACAUCGGCUCCCAAGUCAAUCGUGGUUCAAGAAGGACAAAAAGCACAUCUUGAGUGCCGCCUGAUUCCAGUGGGCGAUCCCAAGCUCAAGGUUGAGUGGUUCAAGAACGGCCAACCGGUUCCGGCGGGUUCCCGUUUCGUCGAGAUGUGCAACUUUGGCUUCGUGUCCCUGGACAUCCUUAGCACGUAUGCUGAAGACUCCGGCACCUACACCUGCAAAGCCACAAAUCAGUUGGGAGAAGCUGUUGUAUCUGCUCAGCUCAAGUGUCACGCUGAAAAGUCGCUGAUAUUGGACACGCAAAACCAGGAAGCCUACGAGAAGAUCCAGCAGCUUGAAGACUACGGACGGCAAAUAAGGCCUGCCUACGUAGAAGAGAUUACCACGCAAGCGCCCGUGUUCACGCAAGCUAUGAAGAACCUGAAUCUGAACGAAAACCAGAGUGCGCACUUUGAGUGCAAGCUCAUACCAGUCGGUGACCCGAACCUCAAGGUUGAAUGGUUCCACAACGGACUUCCCUUGCAGAAAGCUAAUCGAGUCAACACCAUUCACGACUUUGGAUUCGUCGCUCUUGACUUGAGUUACGUGAAGGCACAAGACUCGGGCACUUACACUUGCAAGGCAACCAACUCUCUGGGGUCUGCUGUUUGUUCAGCCACUCUCAACGUCCAAGAUUCGAAAUCACUGGUGUUUGACACUCAACACCCCGAGGGACUUCAGAAGAUUCGACAGCUAGAAGAACUCGGCCGCUACAAGGAGGAAGUAACGCAUGAAGCCCCAUGCCCCGGUCCGCCGAUGUUUGUCACACAACUGCAGGGUCCGAGCCGUCUCACAGAAGGUGAAAGUGCCCACCUGGAAUGUCGCAUUGCUCCAUAUCCCGAUUCUACCAUGAAGGUUCAGUGGUUCCACAAUGGCGUCGAGCUGCAGUCUGGUCACCGCUACCGAACAAUGUAUGACUUCGGUUUCUGCGCCUUGGACAUCCUGUCCGCAAAUGCUGAGCAUUCUGGCGAGUAUGUAGUCCAAGCUACGAAUGAACUCGGUACGGCAAAGUCGACGGCACGUAUUCACGUUGAUGCCAAAGGAGGCGUCAUCCUCGAAAGCCAACAACCAGACGCCCUACCAAAAAUAAAGCAGCUAGAAGAAUCAUGCGGAUACAUCAGACCAACGCAGGAGGAAGUUGUUAUUAAGGAGAAGCCUAAUUUUGUUCGUGGCCUCUACAACUUGGAUACUCUGCAUGAAGGCCAGAGCGCUCACCUUGAGGCUACACUGACGCCAAUCAAUGACGCGAACAUGAAGGUCCAGUGGUUCCACAACGGCGUUGAGAUUCCUCUUGGCCACAGAUUCAAAACUGUGUCUGACUUCGGAUACGUGGCCCUCAACAUCCUGUACGCGUAUCCAGAAGAUUCCGGUACGUACAUGUGCAAGGCGACCAACAAACUCGGCGAGGCCGUCACUACAUGUUCCAUCAACGUUCUCGGAAAAUCUGCUAUUGUCACCGACACGUACCAUGAGAAAGGCCUGGAGAAAAUCAGGCAGCUUGAGGAGUACCAGGCUCCAGAGAAACCCGAGCAAGUCAUUCAGUUGCAGCGGCCUGUGUUCACCGUACCUCUCAACUCAGUGGACGGCCUCGUUGAAGGACAGAGCGCUCACAUGGAGUGUAGGCUUGAGCCCAUUAAUGACGCUGAUCUCAAAGUUCAGUGGUACCACAAUGGGGUUGAAAUCCAGCCAGGUCAUCGGUUCAGAACAACGCAUGACUUUGGAUAUGUGGCCCUUGACGUAUUGUACGUGUAUGCUGAAGACAGUGGAACGUAUAUGUGCAAGGCAACCAACUCUCUCGGCGAAGCUGUUACCACGUGCAACCUUCGGGCGCUACCCAAGCAAAAGAUCUUCUAUGAUACCCAUCACCCGGAGGGUCUUGAGAAAAUACGAGAGCUGGAGGCGCAAGUCAAGUACCAGUCAGCCGAAAUUCAAGAGAAACCCGUUUCUAAGCCUGUGUUCAUCACUGAACUGAGGGGAACGCAGGAGAUCUCAGAAGGCGAAAGCGCCCAUUUGGAGUGUCGCGUGGAACCAGCCCACGAUGCCAAGUUGAAGAUUGAGGUUCUUCACAAUGGAAGGCCCCUUACAGCUGCUACCCGCGUUCACAUCACGAGCGACUUCGGCUAUGUGGCAAUAGACCUGAGCAACGCUAUUCCUGAAGACUCUGGCACUUACACGGUCCGUGCGACUAACGACCUCGGACGAGCUGAAACAACGGCCACGCUGCGUGUUCUGCCAAAAUCCAGCAUUAUCUCCGACACCCACCACCCAGAAGGACUUGCUAAGAUCAGAGAAAUGGAAGAUGAGGCUCGCUUUAAGCACGAAGUCAUUCAGGAGCCAGUCACCUUCCAGAGGCCUGUAUUCACGGUUCCUCUACAAAACCUGGAGAACCUCGUAGAAGACCAGAGAAACGUUCACCUGGAAUGCAGACUGAUUCCUGUUGGAGAUCCUACUCUCAAUGUUCAGUGGUUCUUCAACGAUACACCGCUUAUGGAAGGCACAAGAUUCCACCCAGUCCACGACUUUGGCUACGUUGCCCUUGACAUGGACUAUGUGCGUCCAGAAGACACAGGCGUCUAUACAUGCAAAGCCACCAAUUCUUUGGGCCAGGCGGUGACCACGUGUAUGCUCAAAAUUAAACCCAAGGCCUCUAUUCUGCUGGACACCUUGCAACCCCAGGGUUACGAGAAGAUUCGCGAGCUAGAAGACUUGAAGGGUCAGAAGCCUCCAGAGAAACCGGAUGCGGUAUACGAAAAGCCUGUCUUUACCACCCCCUUGGUUGGCCCUGGUGAGAUAAAUGAGGGACAACCUGCACGUCUGGAGUGCCGCUGCGUGCCUGUCGGAGAUCCCGACCUCAAGUUCUUCUGGUACGUCAACGGCAUCGAGCUUCCCAAAGGUUCGAGGCUUAUCCCCAACAACGACUUCGGAUUUGUGACACUCGACAUCAUGUCAGGAAUAGCAGAAGACUCCGGAGUCUACAUGUGCAAAGCCGUCAAUAAGGCUGGCGAAGCUGUCACCUCAACUUCCCUUCGAGUGAAAGGUCGUGCCGGAGUGCUGCUUGACUCCCACCACCCGGAGGCAUACAGGCAGACACAGAAGUUUGAGUAUGACUCGAGCCGUAUUCCAGAAACCUGGUCAGACGAGAAGCCUAAGGUGGCGCCAGUGUUUGUGCAACACCUGAACAACAUCGAGGGCGCUGUGGAAGGUCACUACCUCCGCAUCGAGGGCCGCAUCGAACCUACCAACGACGACAAACUCAAAGUUAAAUGGUUCAAGAACGGCAAACCUUUGGUCAUGGGUACGAGAAUCAAGCCCACGGACGACUUUGGCUUAGUUUCCCUGGAUAUAUCAAGCGCAAGACCAGACGAUUCCGGUAUUUACACCUGCAAGGCCACAAACGACGUAGGUGAAGCGAUCUCAACGUGCACAAUCAAGGUGGAAGGCCGCGAAAGCAUCAUCCUGGCUUCACAGCAUCCCGACUCGCUGCCCAAGAUUCGCCAGCUCGAAGAGUACGUGCCACCGGAGAAGUACGUGCCUGAACCGGAAUAUGAAGGGCCGGUGUUCGUCACGCACCUCAACAACCUGGAGAUUCGCGAAGGGGCUACGGCGCAUUUCGAGUGCCGCGUGGAGCCAUCCAAGGACCCCACGCUCAAAGUGGAAUUCCUCAAGAACAACAAGCCAGUCCCUGCUGGUUCCAAGUACAACUUCAACAACGACUUCGGUUUUGUCACUCUGGAUGUCGGCAACGCAUUUCCUGAGGACUCUGGAAUCUACACGUGCCGAGCUCGCAACUCGAAGGGCGAAGCAGUCACCACCGGGUCUCUGAAAGUGCAAGGCAAAAGUGGUGUGCAGUCCGAUACGCUUCAUCCAAUGGGUGCACAGGGAUUGUCCAAGGUCCAGGAGCUAGAGACUUCAUACUUGACUAGAUACCAGGCUCCUGUCGAGGAAGCCGAGAAGGUGUUCCCGCGGCCAGUGUUUGUGGUGCCGCUUGAGCCGAACUUCUCCAUUCAAGAAGGCAGCCCUGUCACACUUGAAUGCAAGGUGGAGCCAGCUACUGACCCGAAACUCAAGGUGGAGUGGUUCCUCAACGGAAAACCGCUCGCGCCAGGAUCCAGGUACACUGUGACCCACGACUUCGGCUUCGUUGUGCUCGCUCUUACCGACUUCUGGGGACGGGACGCUGGCAUUUACACCUGCCGCGCGAGCAACGACGCUGGCGAAGCCUUUACUACAACCACCAUUACAUGUCUUUCCCGCAAGGGCGUCCAGGAGGACACGCUGCACCCUGAGGGUCGCAAGGGGCUCGAGUCCAUCCAGCAGCUGGAAGAGUCGCUGACGCGUGUGCCCGAAAUGGUCCAAGAGGAUGCCGCGGGCCAGCCACCCGUAUUUACAUCGCAGUUUGUCAACCUCAAGGACCUCAAUGAAGGCGAGAUCGCCCACUUCGAGGCAACACUGACACCAGUCGGCGAUCAGACCAUGCAGGUCGAAUGGUUCUUCCGUGGCAAGCCGCUCAAAGCAGGGCACCGCAUCCGGACGGUACAUGCGUUCGGCAUGGUGGUGCUCGAGAUUUUGGGCACAGUGCUGGAGGACUCAGGCCGCUACACGUGCCGCGCCACCAACAAGUGGGGCAAAGCCGAAGUCACCGUCGACCUCGAGUGUACCGACAAGACCAAGGGACAGCGGCCGCAGUUUACCACGCAGCUGCAGAACCUCAUGGACCUCAAGGAAGGAAACAGCGCCCACCUGGAAUGCCAUCUGGUGCCCGUUGGCGACCCAGACAUGAAGGUUGAGUGGUACAAGAAUUCACAGCCACUUCGCGACAGCUCACGCAUCAAGACACUGAGCGAUUUUGGCUACGUGGUGAUGGACAUCUCGUUCGUGCACGCCGAAGAUUCUGGCGACUACGUCUGCGUGGCCACCAACAAAUACGGCUCCGAUGCGACCAAGUGCACCAUUCAGUGCGCAGGCACCGGAAAGAUAUUCAGGGACUCUCUGCAGCCUCAGUCUCUCGACAGGAUUGCUGAAUUGGAAGGUGCCUCGUCUCAAACCAGGACUUCGGCUGUUAUGGAGGCCACCAGGCUUCAGCCGCCCAAGUUCCUGUCGCAGCUGAACAGCAUCGUCGGUCUGUCUGAAGGACAGAGCGCCCACUUCGAGUGUCAGCUCGUGCCAGUCAACGACCCUGACCUAACGGUCGAGUGGUACUUCAACGGUCAGCUUCUGCGCUCAGGUCAUCGUUUCCGGACGUUCCACGAUUUCGGUAUUGUAAUCCUGGACAUCCUCUACUGUUACGGUGAGGACUCGGGUGAAUGGGUCUGCAAGGCAACCAACAAGCUUGGCUCAGACGUGACACGUGCUACCCUUCAGUGCAAGUCCAAGAGCUCCCUGAUCCUGACUCCUCAACUUCCGCCUGAAAUGGCAUCAGGAACACAGAGCAUCAUCGCUCUAGAAGAAAGUUUGUACCGCACAUCGGCGGUCGUAGAGCCAGAAGGUCCUGCUGAGGCACCUCGCUUCACUGUACCGCUGUCUAACGUCGAAGACCUGAGGGAAGGAGACAAUGCUCACUUGGAAGCCCGUCUGACACCAACAGAUGACCCAGACUUGACCGUGGAAUGGUUCAAGAACAACAUGCCGCUGAUGUCAGGAACGAGAAUCCGGACCAUCAACGACUUCGGCUUCGUGGUGCUCGAGAUGAGUCCCGUGUACCCAGAAGACUCCGGUGUCUACUCGUGCCGAGCUCGAAACCGCUUCGGAGAGGCCGUCACCAGCUGCACUCUGAAAUGCCAGGGAAAGCGCAGCGUCAUUUUGGAAACACAGCUGCCAGAAUCGAUGACCCCAGGUAUCGACAAGAUUGCCAAGUUUGAAGAAGUUUCCUCUGCCAGGAUUGGCGAGACCUGGACCGACACAGAUGUGUCUCAGCCGCCCAAGUUCGUGACUACACCACAGGAUCUGACACUGGCUGAGAACUCCUUGGCGCAUUUCGAGUGCAGGCUGACGCCAGUCGGCGACCCUACACUAAGAGUGGACUGGUACCACAACGGCAAGCCUCUUGUCACCGGCUCUCGAGUGAAGACAAUCAGCGACUUCGGCUACGUCAUCCUGGAAGUGGCGGGUGUCUACCCACGUGACUCGGGCGUAUACACGUGCAGAGCCGUCAACAAGGUCGGCGAAGCAUCAGUGUCCUGCAAGCUCAACGUCAAGGGCAAGCAGUCUAUUGUGAUGGAACCACAGCUACCUCAGGAGUUCCGUUCUGGCUAUGAGAGCAUUCAGAAGUUGGAAGAAUCUAUGUACCGAACAGAAGAAAAGAUCUUCGACGACGACAAGAAGGAGCCACCAAAGUUCGUUACACAGAUCCAGUCUCUUCUCGACAAGGUGGAGGGUGACAGCGCUCACUUUGAAUGCAAGCUUAUCCCAGUUGGAGAUCCAAAUAUGAAGGUAGAAUGGUUCCUGAACGGACGCCCACUGGUUACUGGCACACGUGUUCACACCAUCGAUGACUUCGGCUUCGUGGUGCUAGACAUUGACUGGCUCUUCCCUCGAGACUCUGGAGAGUACAUGUGCCGCGCCACGAACCGUUGGGGAUCGGACACGACCAAGGCAACUCUCAAAAUCAAAGCCAAGAAAGACAUCAUCAUGGACAGCCAGCUGCCGCAGGGAAUGAACGUCGACAAGCUGCGUGACUUGGAAUACCCCACACCUCAAGAAGAAACAGUUCAGGAGCAGGAACCGGUUAAGCCCAGGUUCAUCACCCAGAUACAGCCUCAACAAAACCUCAAUGAAGGUGACUCAGCUCAUUUCGAGUGUCGCUUGGAGCCUAUCAACGAUCCGAAGUUGAGGGUGGAAUGGUACCACAAUGGACAACCCCUAAGAUCAGGCCACCGCUUCAAGACGACACACGACUUCGGCUUCGUUGCGCUGGACGUGUUGUAUGUCUACCCUGAGGACUCUGGAACAUAUGUCGCCCGGGCCAUAAACGACGUAGGCGAAGACCAAACCCAGGCCACCCUCAGGUGCACAGCGAAGCCAACACUGGACUACAGAACCCAACUUCCCAAGGACAUGAAGGAUGGUGUCAAGAAGAUCGCUGAAAUGGAAGCUUCCUGGCAGCGCACUGAAACCCAGGAGGAGGUAGAAGAGGAACCUAAAGCUCCGAUGUUUAUUAUGAAGCCAGAACCUCAAGUUGUUGUUGAAGGUGAAUGGGCCAAGUUCCAGUGCCGUGUCAUAGGUCACCCCAAGCCAAGGCUGAUCUGGGUCUUGAAUGGACACACGGUCAUUUCGGGUUCGAGGUACAAGCUGACAUAUGAUGGUAUCUACCACCUGGACAUCCCCAAGAGUAGACAGUACGACCAAGGAAAAGUAGAAGUCUUCGCGAGAAACUUCUGCGGCGAAGCCUACUGUUUCACAACAUUGGAAGUUCGGCCUAAAUUUGAUGACUACAGAGCCGUUCUCAAGCAUUCACCAAAGCCGUGGUACGACCAAGACGUAAAGUCUUAUCAGAAAUACCGACACGAGACUGAGCUGCAACGAGUGUUCGAGGAAAAGCUUACUCCUGGAGGCACUCGCGUCGACGUAUGGAAGACUGAACAAGGCCAACAAGGCGAACACCAAAAGAUCAAGAAGAGAAUAGAGGAGGAAGAAAUUGAAAAGAUGAAGCCAAAGGUGGAGCGCUUCAAGACGGACUCAAUUUACUACGACGCACGCACGGGCGAGAAACGGGUGGAGACGGGCUCCCAGGCGCAAUACAUGGCCAAGUAUUUCGAGACCGAGGCGGAGAAGCAGCAGCGUGGUGCUAGCGGCAUCGCGCCGGAGUCGGUGGUGCAGGGCCGCGAGGUGCACACGACCACGCAGCGCCAGACACAGAAGGAGCAGCAGGGCGACCUGGAGAUCACCCGCAAGAAGACGCUGACCGAGACGCUCGAGCAGGAACACAAGGGCGUCACCAAGGAGCAGCGCGUACAGGGGCCCGCGCAAGAGUCGAAGCCUCCUGUAUUCACCAAAAAGCUGCAGCCGUGCCGCGUGGAGGAGGGCCACGGAGCCAAGUUCCAGUGCACGUUCACCGGCCAGCCGACGCCAAAGGUCACCUGGUACCGAGAGAACUUCCCCAUAACACCAUCCCAGGAUUUCCAGAUCGUGACUACUGAUAGCACAUCGACGCUGAUCAUUCGCGAAGUUUACGUCGAAGAUUCUGGUGUCUUCUCGGUCAAGGCUGAAAACCGUGGAGGCUCAGCCAAAUCGUCGGCUAACUUGGUUGUUGAAGAGAGGCGAGAGCAACGCAGCGGGGUCGUGCCGCCCAAUUUCACCAGGACUAUCCAGGACGUUUCGUCCAAGGCCGGAAAGUUGGUCCGCCUCGACGCCAAGGUCUCGGGGUCGAAGCCUCUGGAUGUCUAUUGGCUGAAGAACGGCAAGAAGGUGACGCCCGACGUGUCGCACAAGAUCGUGGAGGAGGACGACCUGUACACUCUGCUCAUUCUGGAGGCCCAGGCGGACUCCGACUCCGGAAGCUACGAGUGUGUCGCCAUCAACUCGGCGGGAGAAGCGCGCUGCCAGGCUCACGUGGUGAUCGAAGGCGCCAAGCCCAAGACGCCGCCCACGAGCCCCAAGGAGGCACCCGGAGACCAGAAGCCACCCACAGUGACUGAGCCGCUCAAGCCACUCGCCGUCAAGGAAGGCCAGAGCGCCGUCUUCCGUUGCAGGAUACCAGCCGUCCCUGGAGCGCAAGUAAAAUGGUUCCGAGGCGACCAACAAGUCAAGCAGUCCCGGUACUUCCGCAUGUCUCAAGAGAACAACCUGUUUACGCUCAAGAUCUCUGAAGCGUUCCCCGAAGACGAAGGCGUCUACAAGUGUGUCGCCACAAAUCCGGCGGGCACUGUGUCUACCAGCGCCAACCUUAAAGUUAUCGUGCCUGAGCUGAACGAGGUGCCGCCGACGGUCACUCCCCUGGCCGAUCUGACUGUUCCCGAGGGCUCGCCUGCCCGCUUUGUCACAUCCCUGGGAGGCGUGCCACCGCCUAAGGUCAUCUGGGUCCGCGAGGGCCACAUCAUCAAACAGUCCCGUGAUUUUCAGAUGAACCAAGACCAAGGCUCGGCGUCUCUGGUCAUCAGGCACACGUAUCCCGAAGACGAAGGCGUCUACGUUUGUCGUGCCACCAACGCCUCGGGCCAAGCCGAGACCUCUGCCCGGCUUACCGUGCAACGUAAGGCCAAAAAGUACCGCGCCUCGUUUCUGCUCGGCGCUCGCUGCAAAAGCAAAAACCCUGCAUGGCUGGCGCACGCGCUCGCCACCGCGCCGCGGCUCAAAGCGCAACAGCACGAGAAGAGGAUGCUGGAGCAGGACGGGGCAGAAACGGGGCGCGGCAGCAAGCCUCGGUUUGCGCCGUGCCCGAAAACAACGAAGCUCCAGACAACCGAGUCCUCCUCCCACGAAGGAUCACGAAAAACGCCGGAGCAAAAACCAGUGCGCGCAAUGGGUCCCCAGGGCAUGGCUCCACAGAUCACCAAGCAGCCUGAGUCGCGUUCUGCCAAGCCCGGCCACAAGGUGGACUUCAAGGCGACUGCUACUGGUUCGCCAGCGCCUGACAUUACGUGGUACAAAGAUGGUAGACCCGUCAGCUCAACCAUCGGAGACAUCGUGGUGAGCACGACACCCGUUUCUCAAGAAGAAGUCACGACCACGCUUACCAUCAGUAACGUGACCGUCGAAGAUGCGGGAAAAUACGUUUGCGUCGCUACGAACUGCUGGGGUAGGGCCGAAAGCAUUCAGGUCACCUUAGAGGUCAAAGGAGGCAAGGAACCACCGCGGUUCAUCGAACAGCUUGAGCCUGUGGCGGCCACAGAUGGCUCUCCUGCGAUACUACGCUGCACCGUGGUCGGCAGCCAGCCAAUACAUAUCAAAUGGUUUCAAAACAGACGCGAAGUUAAGGACACGAAAGACUUUCAAAUGCACUACGAUCCCCAAACUGGCCUGGUAUCGCUUACCAUUCCGGAGAUUUACCCAGACGACCAAGGCCUGUACACAUGCCGAGCGUUCAACGAGUACGGCCAAGACGAGACGUCUGCGGCUGUCACUGUUGUCGAUGUGGAAUUCUUCGGAGGAACAUCGGACGUGUCAGUGCAGCCGCGGUUCGUGCAGCCGCUUAGGCCCAUGGCUUACCCCGAGGGAGAGCCCGCGAGGUUAAGCGUGGAAGUUCACGCUGUCCCGAACCCUGAUUUCUACUGGUUCUUCGAAGGAAAGAUGUUGAAGUCGUCCAGGGAUUUCCUCGUGACGUCAGAAGGCCUCAAGAGCUCUCUUGUCAUUGCCGAAUUAUUCCCCGAAGAUGCUGGGCCUUACGAGUGCAGAGCUCAAAACACUGCGGGCCGAGCAACAACGUCCGCCAACCUUCGUGUUAUCCAAGAACAGUCGCUGCCAACGUCACCACUAAGCAAAGUAGGACCUGGAGCUGAGCCCACAGAAAUAAGACCUGAAUCGCCACCCGAGAGCCUUACACAACUAAAGCCACCCUUCUUCACGAGAAACUUGGUCUCGCAAACUGUUGUUGAAGGAUCGCCAGUGACCUUCGUUGGAGAGGUCACAUCUUUCCCUGAGGUUGUUUCAUUUACUUGGUACCUGAAUGGGAAAGCUAUUAAGUCCUCUAGAGAUUUUCAAAUAUAUAACGAGGGAAACAGGACGACUCUCAAGAUCGCUGAAGUGUUUCCCGAUGAUGCGGGAACUUUCUCGGUGACAGCGGAAAACCCUGUUGGCAUCGCAACUUCUAAGGCAAAGCUGACGGUGGAAGAAGAAGCCGUUGAGGGUGCUGCGGUAGAAGCUCCUAGGUUCUUGACUGAGCUUACGCCAGUGACUGUGAUGGAUGGUGGUGAAGCUAAGCUCUCUGUUUACGUCACGGGAAAGCCGCAGCCACGUGUCACCUGGCUGCACAACGACAGAGAAGUGAAAGAAAACUCGGAUGUCUGGACAACGCAAAGGACGGAUGGAUACUGCGAACUGUUCAUCUCUGAAGCGUUUCCAGAGGAUAUGGGAGAAUACAUCUGCAAAGCAGUGAACAUAGCUGGAACUGCCGUAACACGGACGCACAUCAAUGUGGAAUCGUACGAGUACGUCCCAGACUCUGAAGUCGCGUCAGCAACUUAUGACACUCCUGGGACUGCCCCCACCCACGACCACACUCAAGAAGAAUCUUACGACACGUUGGACACAAUGCCCAGCGUUUCUGAGAUGGACGAGUCCGAUAUGGAAAGGAUACCGGAUCUGCCCAGGGAUGACGGCAGGCCACCAAGGAUGCCAGGCGACAAGCACAAGCCUCGUAAAUCUCAUCAUAAGCGAAGGAAAAAGAAGGUGUCGCGAGGUUCCACCAGUGUGCCGAAGGAAGCCAUUCCCGUGUGUUACGAACCGGUGCAACCCUGGGAGCGCGGGCGAAGGAAAACGUCGGACCCUGGCUCAGCACCUGUGGUGGUUGUGCCUUUGGAGGAUGUCAUUGUACCACUUGGCCAGCCAGCAACAUUGGAUUGCAAAGCUGUCGGGAUGCCGAAACCGAAGAUAACCUGGUACCGGAAUGGAGUACCGAUAAAACAUUCCUUCGAAUACCAGCUCUACUAUGACCCUCAGGGUAUAUCAUCUCUUACAAUAGCACACACGGAGCUCGAAGAUUUCGCAGAAUAUGUGGUGGAAGCGAAGAACCGCUACGGUAUUGACACCACACGCGCGGAGCUAAUACAGCUGGAUCUUAAUUCCAUGAGGCCCAUGAGAAGAAUACAUAGAGCGGAUCAUCGCUUGAGUCUCGAUUUUAAGAGCAUGCGGCCGCGAUUCGAAGUGCCCUUGCAGAGCACGUAUCACAAGCCUUUGGGAUUCCCAGUGACGCUCGAGUGCACCGUACGGGGACGUCCGAAGCCCAACGUUCAGUGGUUUCACAAUGGCGUCUUGAUCGAGCCGAGCUACAUGCCCGUCUACAAGAUCACACUAUUGAGCGACAAGAGCAUGCUGCACAUCACCGAAAUGAUGCCAGCGACCGAAGGGCACUAUGUCUGCAAGGCUUCGAACGAGGCCGGCGAGAAAACCACCGAGUGCAUUCUUCACGCUGGAGAACCUGAGGAACACAAGCCGGAAGAAUUUCACCCACCACAGGAGGAAAAACCGCACAAGAUUCCUGCAUUUCUUCAGUCUAAACAACCACGGAGGAAGCCAUCAGACGACGAAUACCAAAGCUUCGAGUCGGAGUCGGAGUUGAGCUUCAAGGAAACAAUUGUUCCACAGAUCCGCAAGCUGUCAAGGCCGAAAGAGACCCCGCCACCUGAAAAGCCAGAAAAGACGGCGAAAGAGAGCGCCAUUGAAUUCCUAACAACUGUUCUCAAGCCGACGUGGCCGUUCAGUAUGUUUCGUUCCGCUUCGCCAAAGGAGGCACCGAAGGAGGAGGAGGAGCCCGAGCUCGAGAGGCCGCCGAGUGCCGAGAGGCCGCCGAGCGUCGACAGGCCUCCGAGGCCGCCCGAACGGGAGAUGUUCCCGAGCGCGGAGAGGCCUCCCAGGCCUGAGAGGCCGCCGAGCACCGAGAGGGCAAGGCCUGAGAGGCCGCCGAGCACCGAGAGGGCAAGGCCAGGAAGGCCGCCAAGGGCUGAAGCGCCAAGGGUCGCCAGGCCGGGAGAGCCCGCUGAAAGGCCCACCCUCACUGAGCCUGUCCAACAAAAGGAGCCUCCGAGGCCGGAGUCUCCGUGGUUUCUUGAACCCGCGGAACCAUACCAAACUGAAAGGCCCCCUUCCGUCGAGAUGGACAGGUUGGCUCCAAGAGACGCCGGAAGACCACCAAGUGGACGAAGGACACCUGAAGCACCUGAGAGAAUGCCACCAGAAGAAUUCGUCAAAUGGAAGCCGGGACAUCGUAGGACGUCUGAACCUGGAAUGCCUCCCAAGUUCGUUGCUCCAAUGGAGGACGUCGAAGUUCUUGUUGGAUACCCUGCUACGCUUGACUGUCGGGCGAUUGGAGUUCCAAAACCUAAAAUAACAUGGUACAAACAAGGUCAACCGAUAAAGUAUUCUCCUGAAUACAGCCUGUACUACGACACUGAAGGCAACUGCUCUAUAACUAUUCACAGGACGACGCCAGAGGACUUUGGUGACUUCAUCUGCGAAGCGAAGAACAGAUACGGAACAGAGGUUACAGAGGCUGAACUCAUCCAGAUAGAUAUGAAGUCAAUGCUGCCAAUGAGGAAGACCCCAAAGAAGGUCAAUAAGCUGGAUCUAGAGUUUGUGCCGAUGAAACCGAGAUUUGAGCAGCCUUUGCUAAGUGAAGUACGAGCCCCACUUGGCAUGCCAAUCACUUUGGAAUGCGUGGCGAGAGGACGUCCGCCACCAGAAGUACGCUGGUUCCACGAGGAAAAGCCAAUACUUCCAGAUGACACAGGCAACACCGUGUACAAAGUGACCGUCUUGAACGACAAAAAUCUCCUGCACAUCCUGGAGGUCAACGAAACUACACAAGGUCGAUACGUCUGCAAAGCCACAAAUGAAGCAGGAGAGCGGGUGACUGAGUGCUUUGUGACUAUUGGCGAACCUCAAGAAUACCAAGACAAGGAGAAGGUGGAAAAGAUGAGCGCUGAGACAUUAGUCUCAACUGAGGACACUGUAUUUUUAAAACCCAUUCGUCACGAAAAAUUCUUUAUUAAGACUGCUGAGGAAAGAAAAAUGCCUGAAGAAGAAUCCUUUAUUGAUCAGUUGCCAAGAAGGGCAACUGUUGAAACUUACACAGAACAAGUUGAAGCCACAAAAAUUUUCAUACAAGAAGAGAUCUCUGUUCAGAAAAAGCUUCUCAAGGAAGAAAUAACUCAAGAGGAGAUUAAAGAGACUAAGCAAGCAAUCAAAGAAUGGCCAGAGCGUGUAGAAGAAGUCCCCGAAUUUUUUAAGAAAGUACUAAAGCCAAUACCACGACAUCAGCAAGUAAUGCCAGAAAGAGAUGACAUAACACAAAUUUCCCCCUUUGAAGAGCAGCCAAAACCUGUGGAAGAACUGCCACAUGCUUUGCCAGAAGCAGUGCAGGAGAGGGACCAACCUUUAAAGCGUGAACCCCCUGCUGACAAAAAGCCUAAAACAAAAGUACCUUUAACUCAUCCAGGAGAAAGUGAAACGCCAGAGUUUUUGACAAAAACAUUAAAACCAACAGAAAAGUUCCGCAAGAAAGAUAUACCAGAAAGAGUAGAAGAAACGGAACUUCACAAAUUCACAAAACGAAAAGUGACUAUGCCAGAGCAAGUAGACCAAAAAGAAGUAUACACUGAAACAGAAGAGGUGACCGAGAUAAGCAGGCUACCAAAAUUGAAGAAACCAGAUCAGAGGCUACAACAAAAAGAUAUACCCAUGACUGAGGAAAUAAGCGAAGUGAGUGAUACUACACUACUGUCAUGGCCAAAGAAAGACAAACCACUCGACCAAAAACCAAAAGACAAAUUUGACCUUGAAGAAGUGUCACCUACAAAGAAAGGAAAGCACGACAAGGUUACUACUGAAACCGUUAAGAUAACCGAGGAAUCCGAUUCAAGGAUGCUGCAUCAACGACCAGUCGAAGCUGAAGAGCUUAAGAAACCAAAAGCGCUCAGACCAGCAGAAUACAAGGCUCCAGAAGUACAUGAAAAGAAAGCAACCAUUAAAGUUUUUCAAGUACCUAAACCAAGAAUGCCAGGAAGGAAAGAAAUCCCACAAGAGCUUCCACUUCUGCAAGAGACCAAACAACCUGUACAGCAGACUGAUGUCAUCAGUAAAUCUUUGGAAAAGCCUAAGGAAACUCCUGAAGUUGCGUACCAGACAGAUGAGGUUGUUGAAGUAACCGAAACAAUUGCAUUGGCAAAGGUACAAAAGCAAAAGAAACCAAAGAAGAAGAAACCUGAAGAGGAAGAAGAUGUUCAGGUGGUGGAAGAAACUGAGCAAAUAGUUGACCUUGAGUCAAAAACACGGCUAAAGGAAGAGAGGCCAAAGGAAAAACCAGCAGUUGAAGAAAUCACUGUCCCUGAGAGAAAGCAAAAACCGCGAGAAAUCACAACUGAAGCUGUGGAAAUUCCAGAUAUCACCGAUGUUAAAACUAUCCCACGUACAGAUAUUAUAACAGAGUCCCUGGAAAGGCCCACAGAAAUUUCUCAGGUUGAAUACAAAACAGAGAUGGUGGUUGAAGAAACUGAAAGCAUUGAGUUAGCCAAGAUGCCUAAGCCAAAAAAGCCAAAGAAGAAGAGGAAACCUGAAGAAGAGGAAGCACCACUUGCAGAAGACAUAGAGCAUAUAGUAAAUCUUGAAUCGAAAGCAAGACCAAAGAAAGAGCCAGUGGUUAAAGAAGUCACUAUCCUUAAGAAAGAGGAAAAACCCCGAAAAAUUACGACUGAGGCUGUGGAAAUUCCAGAUAUUACUGAUGUUAAGACCAUCCCACAUGCUGAUAUCAUCACUGAAUCUCUGGAAAGACCGAAGGAAAUUUCUCGGGUAGAAUAUGAAACAGAGGAAGUUCUUGAGGAAACUGAAACGAUUGAAUUGGGCAAGGCACCUAAGCCAAAGAAACCAAAGAAGAAGAAGCCUGAAGAGGAGGAGGAAGUACCAAUUGUGGAAGAGACGGAACAAAUAGUAGACAUCGGGUCGAAAGCACGGCCAAAGGAAGAAAAGCCUGAGGAAGCGCCCGUGGUUGAAGAAAUCAUAAUCCUUGAGAAAGAGGAAAAACCACGAGAAAUCACUACUGAGGCCGUGGAAAUUCCGGAUAUCACUGACGUUAAAACUGUCCAGCGCACCGAUAUCAUCACUGAAUCUUUGGAAAGACCAAAGGAAAUUGCUCAGGUUGAGUACAAAACAGAAGAAGUUGUUGAAGAAACUGAAACGAUUGAAUUGGCCAAGGUGCCUAAGCCAAAGAAGCCGAAGAAGAAGAAGAAACCUGAAGAGGAGGAGGAAGUACCAAUUGUGGAUGAGACGGAGCAAAUAGUAGACCUUGAGUCUAAGGCACGGCCAAAGGAAGAAAAGCCUAAGGAAGCACCAGUGGUUGAAGAAGUCACUAUCCUUAAGAAAGAGGAAAAACCACGAAAAAUCACGACUGAGGCUGUGGAAAUUCCAGAUAUCACUGAUGUUAAAACUGUCCAGCGCACAGAUAUCAUCACUGAAUCUUUGGAAAGACCAAAGGAAAUUGCUCAGGUUGAGUACAAAACAGAGGAAAUUGUUGAAGAAACUGAGACAAUUGAAUUGGCCAAGGUGCCUAAGCCAAAGAAGCCGAAGAAGAAGAAGAAACCUGAAGAGGAGGAGGAAGUACCAAUUGUGGAAGAGACGGAGCAAAUAGUAGACCUCGAGUCGAAAGCACGGCCAAAGGAAGAAAAGCCUAAGGAAGCACCAGUGGUUCAAGAAAUCACAAUCCUUCAAAAAGAGGAAAAGCCACGAGAAAUAACGACUGAGGCUGUGGAAAUUCCAGACAUCACUGAUGUUAAGGCUGUCCACCGCACAGAUAUCAUCACUGAAUCUUUGGAAAGACCGAAGGAAAUUGCUCAGGUUGAGUACAAAACAGAAGAAGUUGUCGAAGAAACUGAAACGAUCGAAUUGGCCAAGGUACCUAAGCCAAAGAAGCCAAAGAAGAAGAAGAAACCUGAAGAGGAGGAGGAAGUACCAAUUGUGGAAGAAACGGAGCAAAUAGUAGACCUCGAGUCGAAAGCACGGCCAAAGGAAGAAAAGCCUAAGGAAGCACCAGUGGUUGAAGAAAUCACAAUCCUUGAAAAAGAGGAAAAACCACGAGAAAUCACUACUGAGGCCGUGGAAAUUCCUGAUAUCAUUGAUGUUAAGACUGUCCAGCGCACAGAUAUCAUCACUGAAUCUUUGGAAAGACCGAAGGAAAUUGCUCAGGUUGAGUACAAAACAGAAGAAGUUGUUGAAGAAACUGAAACGAUUGAAUUGGCCAAGGUACCUAAGCCAAAGAAGCCAAAGAAGAAGAAGAAACCUGAAGAGGAGGAGGAAGUACCAAUUGUGGAAGAGACGGAGCAAAUAGUAGACCUCGAGUCGAAAGCACGGCCAAAGGAAGAAAAGCCUGAGGAAGUGCCCGUGGUUGAAGAAAUCAUAAUCCUUGAGAAAGAGGAAAAGCCAGGAGAAAUCACUACUGAGGCUGUGGAAAUUCCAGAUAUCACUGAUGUUAAGACGAUCCAGCGCACAGAUAUCAUCACUGAAUCUUUGGAAAGACCGAAGGAAAUUGCUCAGGUUGAGUACAAAACAGAAGAAGUUGUUGAAGAAACUGAAACGAUUGAAUUGGCCAAGGUACCCAAGCCAAAGAAGCCAAAGAAGAAGAAGAAACCUGAAGAGGAAGAGGAAGUACCAAUUGUGGAAGAGACGGAGCAAAUAGUGGACCUCGAGUCGAAAGCACGGCCAAAGGAAGAAAAGCCUGAGGAAGCGCCCGUGGUUGAAGAAAUCAUAAUCCUUGAGAAAGAGGAAAAGCCACGAGAAAUCACUACUGAGGCUGUGGAAAUUCCGGAUAUCACUGAUGUUAAGACUAUUCAGCGCACAGAUAUCAUCACUGAAUCUUUGGAAAGACCGAAGGAAAUUGCUCUGGUUGAGUACAAAACAGAAGAAGUUGUCGAAGAAACUGAAACGAUUGAAUUGGCCAAGGUACCUAAGCCAAAGAAGCCAAAGAAGAAGAAGAAACCUGAAGAGGAGGAGGAAGUACCAUUUGUUGAAGAGACGGAGCAAAUAGUAGACCUCGAGUCAAAAGCACGGCCAAAGGAAGAAAAGCCUGAGGAAGCGCCCGUGGUUGAAGAAAUCAUAAUCCUUGAGAAAGAGGAAAAACCACGAGAAAUCACUACUGAGGCCGUUGAAAUUCCGGAUAUCACUGAUGUUAAGACUGUCCAGCGCACAGAUAUCAUCACUGAAUCUUUGGAAAGACCGAAGGAAAUUGCUCAGGUUGAGUACAAAACAGAAGAAGUUGUUGAAGAAACUGAAACGAUUGAAUUGGCCAAGGUACCUAAGCCAAAGAAGCCAAAGAAGAAGAAGAAACCUGAAGAGGAGGAGGAAGUACCAAUUGUGGAGGAGACGGAGCAAAUAGUAGACCUCGAGUCGAAAGCACGGCCAAAGGAAGAAAAGCCUGAGGAAGCGCCCGUGGUUGAAGAAAUCAUAAUCCUUGAGAAAGAGGAAAAACCACGAGAAAUCACUACUGAGGCCGUGGAAAUUCCGGAUAUCACUGGUGUUAAGACUGUCCAGCGCACAGAUAUUAUCACCGAAUCUUUGGAAAGACCGAAGGAAAUUGCUCAGGUUGAGUACAAAACAGAAGAAGUUGUUGAAGAAACUGAAACGAUUGAAUUGGCCAAGGUACCUAAGCCAAAGAAGCCAAAGAAGAAGAAGAAACCUGAAGAGGAGGAGGAAGUACCAAUUGUUGAAGAGACGGAGCAAAUAGUAGACCUCGAGUCGAAAGCACGGCCAAAGGAAGAAAAGCCUGAGGAAGCGCCCAUGGUAGAAGAAAUCAUAAUCCUUGAGAAAGAGGAAAAACCACGAGAAAUCACUACUGAGGCCGUGGAAAUUCCGGAUAUCACUGAUGUUAAAACUGUCCAGCGCACAGAUAUCAUCACUGAAUCUUUGGAAAGACCGAAGGAAAUUGCUCAGGUUGAGUACAAAACAGAAGAAGUUGUUGAAGAAACUGAAACGAUUGAAUUGGCCAAGGUACCUAAGCCAAAGAAGCCAAAGAAGAAGAAGAAACCUGAAGAGGAAGAGGAAGUACCAAUUGUGGAAGAGACGGAGCAAAUAGUAGACCUCGAGUCGAAAGCACGGCCAAAGGAAGAAAAGCCUGAGGAAGCGCCCAUGGUAGAAGAAAUCAUAAUCCUUGAGAAAGAGGAAAAACCACGAGAAAUCACUACUGAGGCCGUGGAAAUUCCGGAUAUCACUGAUGUUAAAACUGUCCAGCGCACAGAUAUUAUCACUGAAUCUUUGGAAAGACCGAAGGAAAUUGCUCAGGUUGAGUACAAAACAGAGGAAGUUGUUGAAGAAACCGAAACGAUUGAAUUGGCCAAAGCACCUAAGCCAAAGAAACCAAAGAAGAAGAAGAAACCCGAAGAGGAAGUGCCAGUGGUGGAAGAGACAGAGCAGAUCUAUGAUGUAGAGUCAAAGGAAUGGCCAAAAAGAAAGAAACCAGAAGAAGAAGAAAUUGAAGACAUUACCGUUAUAGAAGAAAUAACAAUUGUUAAGAAAAAAACUGUAGAGACUGUCAAGGACAUUAAAGAUGUUUUUCAGACUGAAUUCACUCAAGCACAUGUCUCUGAAGAAUUAGUGGUCUCUGAAAUUCCUGAAGCCACAAGCGCCCAUAUAAGCCUUGUUGAAAGCCGUCCAGUUGUUAUUGAAGAAAUUAGCAGUGAGUUAAACACCGAUGAACUUGAAUCUGAUCGUAAGCCCAAGGAAGAGAGACCACAUACAGCAUUAACAGAAAGUAAAGCCGUUACUGUUGAAGAAGCAUUCACGUCUGAAAUGCCAGAAGCUGUGAGUGUACCUGAACAAGAAACACAUGAGGCGUCACAAAGUGUAAUAAUAGAAGAGAAGUCUCUUGUUGUUGAAGAGACAACAAGUGAACAAUACGCUCCAGAAUUUCUUGCUAAGGCACCCAUGAAAAAGCAAAAGGCAAAGGAAGUCCUUGAACCUCAGCAAUCAAUAGAAAUACUGGAAGCUGAAACUCUUUUGAGUACAGAAGAGUUGAAGGCACUACCAAGAGAAAAAUACCAGAAAGCACUUGGUAUACUAGAGGAACAGUGUCUUGCUGUUAGUGAUGUGGGAGAAGAGGAAAUUGCACCAGAGUUCGCACCUGAUGAUGUCCUCUCAAAGGAAGCUAGCAAGACGUUGCUUCUUUUUCCACAGCAUCAAAUCGACGUGACAGAAGUAAUACCAGGUGCUGCCACUGAGGAGCUUGUUAUUGCAGAAACUGUAGAGAAGAAAGGAAGCGUGACGUAUGUUGAAGAAUCAAGAGAAGUUUCUACAAUAUUGGAGGAAGUUCCUGCAGAGUUCCAAUCAGCAGACAUUCCAACAAAAACUGUUACGUCAAGAAUAACUGAAACAGCCAGGAGCUACCCACAGUACGAAGAGCAGGCAGCAGAAUUUUAUGAGGGCACACCUAUGCAUGCUCAUGCUGACCAAAGUCAUGUAGAAUUGACAAGAGGAACACCUGCAGUGCAUGAGUUAGCUACUGAAUUUUUGGCCUCUAUAGAAAGGGAAUCUGUGGCCUCAGUGUCACAUGUGGAAAUUCCCAGAGAAGUCACCACAACUGAAGAGAUGGCUGCUCAUUUUGACAUAACUGCCCCUGAGAAAACGCAUCUAACUGCUGAGUUCACACAGUUUCCACGUGAUGCCAUUGAGAUCCAUGAGCAAGCUACGGAAUUCAAAGCAGAUAGAGUGAUAUCAUUGCAGCCAGGUUCAACAAAUAUAGGGGAUGUGAAAUCUUAUGUUGCCUCUGAAGAGAUGGCACCAUUAUUUGAAGCGCCAUCAGCCAAGGAAGAAAACCUUGAGAAAGACAUUGUUGAUGUUCGAAGGGAGACCCUCUUCAUUGAAGAAAUACAGACGGAAGAGCAAACCCAUGAAGCAGACCUUACAGUCAUUCCAGAGAAGAAAACUGCCCAACCAUCAAAAGUCCUUCCAUCAGAACACCUCUCCAUUCAGGUGUCUGAAGUGACACCAGAUCAUGGAACGAGCGAGCUUCCAACUGAAGUGCCUACACAAAGACAUCUCAAGCACACUAUUACGGAAGGAGUGUCCAUGACACAUGAGGUGGCCACUGUGCUUGUAUUUCCACCACAAGCCAGCAUCGUGGCCGCGUCAAUCUCACAGCCUUCUAAGCAGAUGGCUGAAGCUGAAGCUGAACAAUCAUUGCAAGAAAAAGUGUCAGAAACAGGGGCUUGCAACAAGAAUCUGGAAGCACGUGAUACUCCAUGCAUUUGCUACUUUCAAUUACCAACAUGCCAGCACCUGAAAUAUGAAACGGCUGCCGAACUGGAGGAAGCACCAGAUUUGACGAAGCAUGCAAAACCAGUUUUGGAACAAAUGCAGAGUCUCCUGGUUAAAGAUAUAGUUGCAGAAGCCUCUACUUCAGAUGCCAAGCCCACUGAAUUGCCAGAUAUGCAUACUGCCGAGCUAAGGUUUCUGCCACUGGCACCAUUAACUGUAGAAGAAAGUGGUGUGCAUAUGACAACAGGUGCCAUUAAGACAACUCCAGUUGCUGAGGCUAAAGCUGAAGUAGGCAUGGCAACAUCUCUAGGAAUUCAAGUCCAUGAAACUACACCAGGGCUAACAGGAACUGAGUUAAAAACUGAGCCACUCCAUAAAGAAGUCACACCAACAAGCACAUUCACGACAAUUGAGGCCCUCGCCAUAUCAGCGGUGGAGACUGCUUUGAAAGAAGCUCAUGCCGACCAGUUCAAACUUCCCAAGUCAGUCAGUGCUUCACUCACACUGCUGACUGAAGAGUCUCUCCAAGUAACUGAAGUAGAAGCUAUGAGCAUGGAAGAACAUAUUGAAGUACAUCAGGCACCAGCGCAGGAACUCAGUGUAUCAACUGUGGCACCAAACCGCCCUCUUAUUGUAUACGAAACAGAAGCACUAACUUCAGAGGAGGCACUACCUCUCGAUAGGGACCUACCGACAACAAAAGUAAAAUCUGAACUUUUGACUGAUCAGCCGCUGCUAGUUUCAGAAGUUCCUGUUCUUAUGAAAGAAACCGACCUCCCAGGUGAAGCUAGACCACCACAGUCCACGGCACCAUUUAGUAUUCCAACAGAACAACAUGUGUGUGUCACACAAAUUCCCGUGCUCAUAAAGGAGACAGAACUCAAGCUUGAACAUAAGCCAUCAGGUACCAAAGCACCGUGCACUAUAGAUGCACAGCAGCCAGUGAAUGUUUCUCUUAUGUCAAGUUUCAUAAUGGAGGGAGAGUACACUCCAGAAAAAAUGCCAAGACAUUUAAAAGCUGAAAUCACAAUGCCAACAGAUACACCAAUAACAAUCUCAGAAACUUCAACGCUGGGCAGAGAAGGUGAUUUAAGAGUCGAAAAAGUACCAGAAGGCAUUACAUCAACAAUGAAGGUGACAACUGAUGAGCCUGUGUCCAUUUCCGAGCCUGUGAUAUUAGCAAAGGAAGAACACAUUGAAGCAUACUUUGAGCCUAAACGUGCUACUGCAGAACCAAUCAUGACAACCAGUGAAAGCUUGUCAGUUCUUGCUGAGCCUACCCUCAUGAAAGAAAAAAUGCUUGGGGUGCAAGAGCAGCCAAAUGAGGUGACUGUUCCAUACACUAUCUCAACUGAACAGCAUGUUCAGGUGUCUGAACACCCAGCUCUUGAUAAGGAAGAAGUAUUGGAGAUUGCUAAGCUUCCAAAAGAAAUUAAUGCUCCAUUUUCAGUUCCACUGGAAGAAUCCUUAACAAUUGAACAAACAGAUCUUUUCACUAAAGAGUCAGACCUAAAACUAAAAGAUCUCCCAGCAACAGUCACAGCACCAUUUACAAUUCCUACUCAGCAGCAUGUUGUUGUUUCAGCCCAUGGAACCUUUGACAAAGAAAAACUAUUAGAUCAAGAAAAGCUUCCUGCUGAGGUAACAGCACCAUGCUCGAUGUUACUCGAAGAGCCUUUGACCAUUGAAGAUGUCAGUUUGUUUUCCAAGGAAUCUGAACUCAAGGCAAAAGAACUUCCUCCAGAAACCACAGCGCCAUACACACUGACAACACAACAGCAUAUCGUUAUUCAUGAACACAAAGUUCUCGAUAAAGAGACUGCACUUCAUGUUGACCACCCUCCAGACGAAGUCACAGCACCAUACUCACUUUCAGUGGACAUGCCAAUAACAGUUGAAGAGACUAGCCUUCUGGUGAAGGAGUCAGAGUUGAAACAAGAAAAACCAGUCACAGAGAUCACUGCACCUUUCACAAUAUCCACAGAACAGCAUGUUGCAGUGACUGAACAAGCAGGCCUUGAUAAAGAGGAGAUAUUGCAGCCAGAAAAGGUGCCCAGGGAGGUGACAGCACCAUUUUCAGUGCCCCUUGAGGAGUCUUUAACAGUAGAAGAAACAAGUCUUCUCACAAAAGAAUCAGAACUGAGGCCAGACACAGUGCCUGCAAAAGUUACAGCUCCUUUUUCAGUUUCUACAGAACAGCAUGUUGUGGUGUCAGAGCAUCCAACUCUUGAGAAAGAAGAAGUUCGGAUUGAGGAACUUCCUAACGAAAUUACUGCACCAUUUACAGUACCACUUGAAGAAUCAAUUAUAAUACAAGAGACAAGCAUUUUGGCAAAAGAGUCUGACCUAAAGCAGGAUGUCCUGCCAGCUAAAGUGACAGCUCCCUUUUCUGUGCCCACAGAAAAGCAUGUGUCAGUGUGUGACCGCCAGAUUUUUGAAAAAGAAGAAGAAUUUCAGCCAACAAUUCUUCCUCAUGAAAUUUCUGCACCAUUUUCAGUGCCACUUCAAGAGUCGAUAACUGUAGAACAAACGUGCCUCCUCACAAAAGAGACAGAGCUAAAGAAAGAGAAACGGCCUACAGAAGUUACAGCUCCCUUUUCAUUGCCCACUGACCGACACGUUGUGAUAUCUGAUCACCCCGCUUUUGAAAAAGAAGGAGAUUUUCUACCUGGGAAGCUUCCCGCUGAAGUUAAUGCACCUUACAGUGUUGCAUGUGAAGAGUCGGUGACAAUAGAAGAGACAAGUCUUUACACAAAGGAAUCAGAACUCGCCCAGGAAAAGCUUCCAGCAGAAGUUACAGCUCCUUUCUCAGUUUCUAUUGAGGAGCACAUAGUUGUAUCACAGCUAGAAAAUCUUGAGAAGGAGGAAGAACUUCAAACCGAAAAAGUUCCUCGCGAAGUUACUGCACCAUUUUCAGUGCCACUUCAAGAAUCUAUUACAGUAGAAGAAAUUAGCCUUCUAGCAAAGGAAUCAGAGCUGGAAAAAGACAAACUGCCACCAGACGUUACAGCUCCAUUUUCAGUUUCAGCUCAGCACCAUGUUGUGAUAUCACAGUCCCCAGCACUUGAAAAAGAAGAGGAUUUUCAGCCAAGAAAACUUCCCAGCGAAGUUACUGCACCUUUUUCAGUUCCUAUGGAGGAAUCAAUAAUGGUUCAAGAAACAAACAUUCUGGCUAAAGAGUCGGAUCUGAAAGAGGAAAAACUGCCUGAAGAGGUUAAAGCUCCUUUCUCAGUUCCAACAGAACAGCACGUUCUGAUAAGUGACCAUCCAGCUCUUGAGAAAGAAGUAGAAUUUUACCCGGAUAAACAGCCUAAAGAAAUUACUGCGCUUUUCUCAGUGCCAUUUGAAGUGUCUUUAACAGUAGAAGAAACAAGUCUCCUCACAAAAGAGUCAGAACUAAAGGAGGACAAAGCUCCUACACAUAUUAUGGCCCCUUUUUCACUUUCAACAGCAGAGCAUGUUAUCGUGUCUGACCACCCGACCCUUGAAAAGGAAGAUGAAUUUCAACCUGGAAAACUUCCUAAGGAAGUUUCUGCGCAUUACUCUUUGCCAUUCGAAGAGUCGUUAACAGUGGAGGAAGCAAAUCUACUGGCAAAAGAAUCAGAGUUAAAGGAAGAUAAGCUUCCUGCGGAGGUUACGGCUCCUUUCUCUGUUUCAACAGUGGAACACAUUGCAGUGUCCCGCUCUACACCUCUUGAGAAAGAGGAAAGUUUUCAUCCUGGAAAACUUCCUAAGGAAAUAUCUGCAUCUUUCUCAGUACCAUAUGAAGAGUCGUUAUCAGUCGAAGAAACCAACCUACUGGCAAAAGAGUCUGAGCUAAUGGAAGAUAAACUUCCUGCAGGAGUCACUGUUCCUUUUUCUAUUCUGACAGAGCAGCAUGUUGUUAUCUCAGAGCAUCCAUAUCUUGAAAGAGAAGACAAAUUUCAGCCCGGGAAACUUCCUGGUGAAAUUACUGCACCAUUCUCAAUGCGUUUAGAAGAGUCCUUAGCAGUAGAGGAAACAAGCCUUCUGGCAAAAGAAUCUGAAUUACCAGAAGAAAAACUUCCUGCUGAGGUCAUGCUUCCUUUUUCUCUACCAACAGAGCAGCAUAUCAUGAUAUCAGAGCACCCAACACUCGAAAAGGAAGAAGGCUUCCAGCCAGGAAAAGCACCUGGGGAAGUCACGGCACAAUUUUCGAUUCCAUGUGAAGAGUCACUAACUGUGGUGGAAACAAGUCUGCUGUCAAAAGAAUCUGAACUUACUGAAGCAAAACUUCCUACAGAAAUUACAGCUCCUUCCUCAGUCUCUACAGAGCAUCACAUAGAAGUAUUACAGCCCCAAAACCUUGAGAAAGAAAAAGAAUUUCAUGUUGAGAAAAUUCCCAGGAAGGUAACUGCCCCAUUUUCAGUACCACUUGCAGAAUCUCUAACAGUAGAAGAAACUAGUUUUCUUACUAAGGAAGCAGAAUUGAAGGAAGAAAAACUUCCUUCAACAGUUACAGCACCAAUUUCUGUUCCUACUGAGCAACAUGUUGUAGUAUCACAGCUCUCAACUUUAGAAAAGGAAGAGGAAUUUCAGCCUGGAAAACUUCCUGGUGAAGUUACGGCGCCUUUUUCAAUUCCACUGGAAGAGUCAUUAACAGUGCAGCAAGCAAGUAUUCUUACAAAAGAGUCGGAGUUAAAAGAGGAAAAAGUUCCGGAAAAGUUUACCGCUCCUUUUUCAGUUCCCACAGAACAGCAUGUUGUAGUGUCAGAGGAUGCUACACUAGAGAAAGAAGAAGAAUUGUAUACUAGCAAACCCCCAAGCCAAAUUAGUGCGCCAUAUACAGUACUACUUGAAGAGUCACUCACAGUGGAGGAAACAAGUCUUCUUGCAAAAGAAGCAGAAAUAAAGGAAGAAAAAGUUCCUGCAAAGGUUACUGCUCCUUUUUCAAUUUCCACAGGAGAGCACAUAUUGGUAACUGACCAUCCAUCCCUUGAGAAGGAAGAAGAAUUUCAGCCUGGAAAGCUUCCUAAAGGGGUCACCGCACCUUUCUCUGUGCCAUUCGAAGAGUCUCUAACAGUUGAAGAGACAAACCUCCUAACAAAGGAAUCAGAACUAGAAGGGGACAAACUUCCUGCCGAGACCACAGCUCCUUUCUCAGUUCUGACUGAGCAGCAUGUUGUUGUGUCAGAGCAUCCAUCCCUUGAGAAGGAAGGGGAGUAUCAGACUGGGAAAAUUCCUAAAGAAGUCACUGCACCUUUCUCUGUGCCACUGGAAGAGUCACUUACUGUGGAAGAGACCAGGUUUCUUACCAAGGAGUCAGAACUAAAGGAGGACAAAACACCUGCAGAAACUACAGCUCCUUUCUCAGUUUUAACUGAGCAGCAUGUUGUUAUAUCAGAGCAUCCAUCUCUUGAGAAAGAAAAUGAAUUUCACCCAGGACAGAUUCCGGGGGAGAUUACAGCACCAUUCUCAAUCCCAUUAGAAGAAUCCUUAACUGUGGCAGAAACAAAUCUCUUGACAAAAGAGUCUGAACUGGAACAAGAUAAGGUUCCUGCACAAAUUGCUAUACCAUUUUCAGUUCCUACUGAACAGCAUAUUUCGGUUUCACAGUUUUCAGCUUUUGAGAAAGAGGAGGAAUUCCAACCUGGAAAACUUCCAGGAGAAGUCACAGCCCCAUUUUCAGUUCCUCUACAAGAAUCAAUAACAGUUGAACAAACUAGCAUUCUCGCAAAAGAGUCAGAACUGAAGGAAGAAAAACAAGUUUCAGAAGUUACAGCUCCUUUCUCAGUUCCUGCAGAGCAGCACAUUUUGGUUUCACAGUUGUCAGCUUUUGAAAAAGAGGAGGAAUUCCAGCCUGGAAAACUUCCAGGAGAAGUCACAGCCCCAUUUUCAGUUCCUCUACAAGAGUCAAUAACAGUUGAACAAACAAGUAUUCUCGCAAAAGAGUCGGAACUGAAGGAAGAAAAACAAGUUUCAGAAGUUACAGCUCCUUUCUCAGUUCCUGCUGAGCAGCACAUUUUGGUUUCACAGUUCUCAGCUUUUGAGAAAGAGGAGGAAUUCCAGCCUGGAAAACUUCCAGAAGAAGUCACAGCCCCAUUUUCAGUUCCUCUACAAGAGUCAAUAACAGUUGAACAAACAAGUAUUCUCGCAAAAGAGUCGGAACUGAAGGAAGGAAAACAAGUUUCAGAAGUUACAGCUCCUUUCUCAGUUCCUGCUGAGCAGCACAUUUUGGUUUCACAGUUCUCAGCUUUUGAGAAAGAGGAGGAAUUCCAGCCUGGAAAAUUUCCAGGAGAAGUCACAGCCCCAUUUUCAGUUCCUCUACAAGAGUCAAUAACAGUUGAACAAACAAGUAUUCUCGCAAAAGAGUCAGAACUGAAGGAAGAAAAACAAGUUUCAGAAGUUACAGCUCCUUUCUCAGUUCCUGCUGAGCAGCACAUUUUGGUUUCACAGUUCUCAGCUUUUGAGAAAGAGGAGGAAUUCCAGCCUGGAAAGCUUCCGGGUGAAGUCACAGCACCAUUUUCAGUUCCACUACAAGAAUCAAUAACAGUUGAACAAACCAGCAUUCUCGCAAAAGAGUCAGAACUGAAAGAGCAGAAACUCCCUUCAGAGCUUACUGCCCCAUUUACAAUUGCCACGGAGCAGCAUGUUGUCAUCUCUGAGCAACCAUUUCUUCACAAAGAAGAGGGAUUUGAGCCAUCAGGCCUCCCUAGUGAGAUCACUGCACCAUUCACUGUUUCUUCACAGGAAUCAAUAACAAUAGAGGAAACAAGCUCUUUCACAAAAGAGUCUGUGCUCACAACAAAAGACCUUCCAAAAGAGACUACUGCUGUUACAUCACUCCCCACAGAACAGCACAUCAUAGUUUCGGAUCUUCCAACUCUUGACAAGGAAGAUGUUUUUCUGCCUGGCACACUCCCUGGUGAGGUUACUGCACCAUAUACUAUACCACUCGAAGAGUCUUUGACAGUACAAGAAAUCAGACACAUUACAGAAGUUUCUGAGUUAGCAACUAAAGAUUUGCCAAAGGAAAUUUCUGCGCCAUUCUCAAUACCCACACAGGAACAUGUAAUAAUAUCUGACCAACCAACUCUGCACAAAGAGCAAGAUUUGCAAGCUGGUAAAAAACCAGCACAAGUAACUGCACCUUUCUCUUUGCCUGUUGCCGAAUAUUUGACCAUUGAGGAGACAAGCUCAUUAUUAAAAGAGUCCAAGUUUGACACAGGGAAACAGCCAUCUGAAGUUAGUGCACUCAUGACACUGCCUACAGAGCAUCAUGUCACAGUAGUAGAGGAGCGCCCACAUCUAGACAAAGAAGAGUCACUACAGCUUGAAAAAAUUCCUAGCGAGGUAACUGCACCUUUCUCAAUUGGUCUCGAAGAACCAUUGACUGUAGAAGCCACAGAGUUUCUUCUCAAAGAAUCUGAGUUGAAGACAGACCAACUUCCUUCUGAAAUCAGUGCACCAUAUACUAUACCAACAGACCAACAUGUUGUUAUAUCCCACUCGCAACAAUUUGACAAGGAGGAAGAACUCGCACCACACACUACCCCAGAUGAGAUGAGUGCACCAUACUCACUGUUACUAGAAGAAUCAAUAACCAUUGAAGAAAAACAAGUCUUUAGUAAAGAAUCUGAUUUUGCUGUAAAGGAGUCAACCAAAGAGGUAACAGCACCUUUCGAUCUUCCGACUGAGCACCAUCUUGUAGUUUCUGACUCUUCAGUUCUUGAAAAAGAAACUAUAUUUAAAUCUGAAAAGCUGCCACAUGAAGUGAAGGUUCCGUAUACUUUGCCAACAGUGACGCCACUAACAGUUCACGAAACACCUGAAUUAUCGAAAGAGUCAGAGUUGCUACUGAAAAAGCUCCCUGAUGAAUCCCUUGCAUCUCUUUCCAUACCUACAGAAAAGCACAUUACUGUUGUUGAAACAGCUACAUUCUCAAAGGAAGAUGAAUUAUAUACAAAAGAGACAGAAAUGCCAGUUGUGGCUGAGAAAAAUGUAUCUGCCCAGGAAACUAUCUCAAUUUUAGAGAUGUCAACAUUGACAAAGGAAAGUGACUUGGCUUACGAAAAAAUGCCAAAGCACAUGAAAGCCAGUUUUAUCCUAGACUCUCUAGAACCCAUAACAGUGCAAGAGUUCAACUUUGGCCUAAUGGCCGAUGAAUUUUUCAUUAAAGAGAGUCCUGAAGAAAUAAGUGCCAGGGACAUACCUCUUAUUUCAGAUGAAAUCAAGCAUGAAGAGCAUGUCCAGGAACUCAUGCCCAAGGAUAAGGAACAAGUUUCUGAAGGUCUAACAAUACAAGAAGUAACUGGAGAAAGUAUUCAACAUGAAGAGACUUCAUCAUGUAUUGUGGUAGAGGAAGAAAUAUUAGACCAUGCAGAAGCCGGAAUAGAAGUGAAAAAGAAGACAAAAAAGAAAUACGUCCGUUUUGAUGACACAGCUGGCACCCAGGAAGUUACAGAAGUGCUACACACAUUUACCAGAACUGCACCAGAAGGCACAUCGCUUAAAAUAGAAGAUGUCACUGAAGAGUAUGAAAACGUGCCAGAAGGUCAAGAAAAAAGCAGUGAGGAGCCUAUAAUUGAAGAAGUUGAUGAGAUGCAACCAGCGCAGAAAAUCAAGAAGAAAAAGAAAAAACCAGAUGAACAAAAGCUUACUGAAAUAACACUCCACCCUAAAAUUCAUGAAGAAACUGAGGAGGAGGAGACCACCUUGAAAGAAGUCACAGUUCAAGAAGAGGAGAAGCAACCAAAAGAGAAGAAGAAAAAGAAGAUUGUUAAAAAGAAGGAAAAGCCAGACAUCACAGAGAUUGUGCUUAAACCAAAAGAAGCCCCUGAAGAAAUUCAGGAAGUGACUGAAAUUACAGAAGUUGAAGAGAAAGUGGAAGAGAUCACCAAGUUUGACAUUAGGAUCGAGAAGCUUCGCAAGCCAGAAGAAGUAACUGAUAUAACAGUUACAUCAGAAGAAGUACCUCAACUUGAUGUCACACAAGUUAUUGAACAGCCAGUUGAACUCGAGAGCAUUGAGAAACCAGAAGAGAAGCCUGAAGAAGCUCCUGGAGAGAAACCAGAAGAACAGAUUGAGGAAAAGCCUAAAGAAAAGAAGAAAAAGAAGAAGAAAAAAGAAAAGCAAGAGGUCACAGAGAUUGAGCUCAAACAAAAAGAAGAAGCCCCUGAAGAGGUCGAGGAAGUAACUGAAAUCAAAGAAAUUGAAGAGACAGUGGAAGAAAUCACCGAGUUUGACAUUAAGAUUCAGAAGCUUCGCAAGCCAGAAGAAGUAAUUGAUAUAACAGUUACAUCAGAAGAAGUACCUCAGCUUGAUGUCACACAAGUUAUUGAAAAGCCAAUCGAACUCGAGAGCAUUGAGACACCAGAAGAGAAGCCUGAAGAAGCUCCUGAGGAGAAACCAGAAGAGCUGAUUGAAGAAAAGCCUAAAGAAAAGAAGAAAAAGAAGAAGAAAAAAGAAAAGCCAGAGGUCACAGAGGUUGAGCUAAAACCAAAAGAAGAAGCUCCUGAAGAAAUCCAGGAAGUGACUGAAAUCAAGCAAGUUGAAGAGACAGUGGAAGAAAUCACCGAGUUUGACAUUAAGAUUGAGAAGCUUCGCAAGCCAGAAGAAGUAAUUGAUAUAACAGUCACAUCAGAAGAAGUACCUCAGCUUGACGUCACACAAGUUAUUGAAAAGCCGGUUGAGUUUGAGAGCAUUGAGAAACCGGAAGAGAAGCCUGAAGAAGCUCCUGAGCAGAAACCAGAAGAGCUGAUUGAAGAAAAGCCUAAAGAAAAGAAGAAAAAGAAGGAAGUGACUGAAAUCAAGCAAGUUGAAGAGACAGUGGAAGAAAUCACCGAGUUUGACAUUAAGAUUGAGAAGCUUCAAAAGCCAGAAGAAGUAAGUGAUGUAACAGUUACAUCAGAAGAAGUACCUCAGGUUGAUGUCAGACAAGUUAUUGAAAAGCCAGUUCAGCUUGAGAGCAUUGAGAAACCAGAAGAGAAGCCCGAAGAAGCUCCUGAGGAGAAACCAGAAGACCAGGUUGAAGAAAAGCCUAAGGAAAAGAAGAAAAAGAAGGUCAUUAAGAAAAAAGAAAAGCCAGAGGUCACAGAGGUUGAGCUAAAACCAAAAGAAGAAGCUCCUGAAGAAAUCCAGGAAGUGACUGAAAUCAAGCAAGUUGAAGAGACAGUGGAAGAAAUCACCGAGUUUGAUAUUAAGAUUCAGAAGCUUCGCAAGCCAGAAGAAGUAAUUGAUAUAACAGUCACAUCAGAAGAAGUACCUCAGCUUGACGUCACACAAGUUAUUGAAAAGCCGGUUGAGUUUGAGAGCAUAGAGAAACCGGAAGAGAAGCCUGAAGAAGCUCCUGAGGAGAAACCAGAAGAGCUGAUUGAAGAAAAGCCUAAAGAAAAGAAGAAAAAGAAGGUCAUUAAGAAAAAAGAAAAGCCAGAGAUCACAGAGAUUGAGCUCAAACCAAAAGAAGAAGCUCCCGAAGAAAUCCAGGAAGUGACUGAAAUCAAGGAAGCUGAAGAAAAGGUGGAAGAAAUAACAAAGUUUGACAUUAAGAUUGAAAAGCUGCGCAAGCCUGAAGAAGUAAUUGAUGUAACAGUUACAUCAGAAGAAGUACCUGAGCUUGACAUCACACAAGCUAUUGAAAAGCCAGUUGAGCUUGAGAGCAUUGAGAAACCGGAAGAGAAGCCUGAAGAAGCUCCUGAGCAGAAACCAGAAGAGCUGAUUGAAGAAAAGCCUAAAGAAAAGAAGAAAAAGAAGGUCAUUAAGAAAAAAGAAAAGCCAGAGAUCACAGAGAUUGAGCUCAAACCAAAAGAAGAAGCUCCCGAAGAAAUCCAGGAAGUGACUGAAAUCAAGAAAGUUGAAGAGACAGUGGAAGAAAUCACCGAGUUUGACAUUAAGAUUGAGAAGCUUCAAAAGCCAGAAGAAGUAAUUGAUGUAACAGUUACAUCCGAAGAAGUACCUGAGCUUGACGUCACACAAGCUAUUGAAAAGCCAGUUGAGCUUGAGAGCAUUGAGAAACCGGAAGAGAAGCCUGAAGAAGCUCCUGAGCAGAAACCAGAAGAGCUGAUUGAAGAAAAGCCUAAAGAAAAGAAGAAAAAGAAGGUCAUUAAGAAAAAAGAAAAGCCAGAGAUCACAGAGAUUGAGCUCAAACCAAAAGAAGAAGCUCCCGAAGAAAUCCAGGAAGUGACUGAAAUCAAGCAAGUUGAAGAGACAGUGGAAGAAAUCACCGAGUUUGACAUUAAGAUUGAGAAGCUUCAAAAGCCAGAAGAAGUAAUUGAUGUAACAGUUACAUCCGAAGAAGUACCUCAGCUUGACGUCACACAAGUUAUUGAAAAGCCGGUUGAGUUUGAGAGCAUUGAGAAACCGGAAGAGAAGCCUGAAGAAGCUCCAGAAGAGCAGAUUGAAGAAAAGCCUAAAGAAAAGAAGAAAAAGAAGGUCAUUAAGAAAAAAGAAAAGCCAGAGAUCACAGAGGUUGAGCUAAAACCAAAAGAAGAAGCUCCCGAAGAAAUCCAGGAAGUGACUGAAAUCAAGCAAGUUGAAGAGACAGUGGAAGAAAUCACCGAGUUUGACAUUAAGAUUGAAAAGCUGCGCAAGCCUGAAGAAGUAAUUGAUGUAACAGUUACAUCAGAAGAAGUACCUGAGCUUGACGUCACACAAGCUAUUGAAAAGCCAGUUGAGCUUGAGAGCAUUGAGAAACCGGAAGAGAAGCCUGAAGAAGCUCCUGAGCAGAAACCAGAAGAGCUGAUUGAGGAAAAGCCUAAAGAAAAGAAGAAAAAGAAGAUUGAGCUCAAACCAAAAGAAGAAGCUCCCGAAGAAAUCCAGGAAGUGACUGAAAUCAAGCAAGUUGAAGAGACAGUGGAAGAAAUCACCGAGUUUGGCAUUAAGAUUGAGAAGCUUCAAAAGCCAGAAGAAGUAAUUGAUGUAACAGUUACAUCAGAAGAAGUACCUCAGCUUGAUGUCACACAAGUUAUUGAAAAGCCAGUUGAACUAGAAGUCACUGAGAAACCGGAAGAGAAGCCUGAAGAAGCUCCUGAGGAGAAACCAGAAGAACAGAUUGAAGAAAAGCCUAAGGAAAAGAAGAAAAAGAAGGUCAUUAAGAAAAAAGAAAAGCCAGAGGUCACAGAGGUUGAGCUAAAACCAAAAGAAGAAGCUCCCGAAGAAAUCCAGGAAGUGACUGAAAUCAAACAAGUUGAAGAGACAGUGGAAGAAAUCACUGACUUUGACAUAAAGAUUGAGAAGCUUCACAAGCCAGAAGAAGUAAUUGAUGUAACAGUUACAUCAGAAGAAGUACCUCAGCUUGAUGUCACACAAGUUAUUGAAAAGCCAGUUGAGCUUGAGAGCAUUGAGAAAUCGGAAGAGAAGCCUGAAGAAGCUCCUGCAGAGAAACCAGAAGAGCAAAUUGAAGAAAAACCUGAAGAAAAGAAGAAAAAGAAGGUCAUUAAGAAAAAAGAAAAGCCAGAGGUCACAGAGGUUGAGCUAAAACCAAAAGAAGAAGCUCCCGAAGAAAUCCAGGAAGUGACUGAAAUCAAGGAAGCUGAAGAAAAGGUGGAAGAAAUGACAGAGUUUGUUAUCAAGGUUGAGAAGCUGCACAAACCUGAAGUAAUUGAUAUAACAACUACAUCAGAAGAAGUGCCUCAGCUUGACGUUACACAACUUGUUGAGAAACCAGUUGAACUAGAGGGCAUUGAGAAACCGGAAGAGAAGCCCGAAGAAGUUCUUGACAAGAAACCAGAAGAGCAGAUUGAAGAAAAGCCUAAAGAAAAGAAGAAAAAGAAGGAAGUGACUGAAAUCAAACAAGUUGAAGAGAAAGUGGAAGAAAUCACCGAGUUUGACAUUAAGAUUGAGAAGCUGUGGAAGCCAGAAGUAAUUGAUGUAACAACUACAUCGGAAGAAGCACCUCAGCCUGACUUUACACAAGUUAUUGAAAAGCCAAUUGAACUAGAAGUCACUAAGAAACCAGAAGAGAAGCCUGAAGAAGCUCCUGAGGAGAAACCAGAAGAGCAGGUUGAAGAAAAGCCCAAAGAAAAGAAGAAAAAGAAAAUCAUUAGGAAGAAGGAAAAGCCCGAAGUUGCUGAAGUAGAACUGAUGCCUGAGCAAGAACUUCCAGCAGAGGUCUUGGAUUCUGGAGACUUAAAGAUUCCAGGAGAAGAACCACAGGUAAAAGAAUUUGAUCAGGCAGUAGAAAAGGUUGAAAAACCUGAGGAUGUCUCAACUGAGCAUGCUCCUGAAGCAGAGCUUCUGGAAACUACAAAAAUAUUUGCUGACGUUGAUGAGGUAAAGGAGAAAACAGCAGACGAAGUUAUUCCUAAGCUGCAAAAGAAGCCAAAGCAGAAACGCAAGCUCUCCAUAAAGGUUUUAGAUGCGGAAGACGAGACUACCUCACCCACAAGUGUUGACUUUAAGUUUAUAAAGCCAGUUCCAGAAGAAAAAGUUAGUGACGAGCCUGUAGAACUUGUUUAUGAAACGCACAGAGAAGAGACAAUUGAUAUUGAAGUUACUUUAGAAAGCCUGCCGCAACCAACUAUUGAAGAAGUUGAAUCCGAAGCUUUGAAGGAAGAUGAAGCCAUUGAAGCACCCAAAGAGCCUGAAGUGCCUCAGGUAGUUCGAAUGCCCAAAGAAAUGGAUACUACUGAAACAAGCAAAGAUGAUGUACCUGUCAAACCCAAAACAAAGACCAUUAGGCCUAAGCCUGAACAACCGAAAGCUAAGAGAAGGCCGAAGCAUAAACCUGAAACCAUACCUGAGGAAGAAGACUUCUUUUCAGCUGGUGAAAGUGUUGAUGAGUUUGAGGAAAGGGAUGCAGAAAUUUGUGAACAUGCUGACAUAGAACUGGAAGCAGUUACUGUAGAUGAGGCAGAGCUUUUUGAGUCUGCAGUUGGCUCAAGUGAACUGCCAGUGUUACAAGAAGCAUUGGCAUCAUCUAUGGAACUUCGUUUGGCAGAGGAAGCCACUCUAGAGGCGCCAGAGGUUAUCUCUCGUCCUAAAGAUGACCUUUUAAGUACGGAAAGAGUGGCGAGCUUUCUUGAUACUUUUGAAAGUGCAAAACUCACUGAAGUGCAUGAAGACAGUUCUUUAUUAGAACAGGCUGUUGCAACAACUUUAGUUCCUAGUGAGGUGCCAAGUACAGAAGAAUUUGAAGUCUCUGUGAAAGAAGGUGAGGAGCUGAUUACUUUAGAAAUGAAACUAUUUAGUGACACAAUGGAGCAAGAGCAAGAAUUUCAAGUGGUAUUUGAAGAAACAAAAGAAGCACUGGUUCCUACAAAGCCAUCCAUUUCAGAGCAACCGGAAGUUACACCAAAGCGAAGAAGGAAAGUCCCAGAAAAGCCAGAAGGUGAAGUUCCCCAAGAUAUCACAGUUAGCACACCAGAAAAGCCAGAAGAGACACCGAAGCCUGAGGAAGCACCAGAAGUUAAAGAGGAAGAGGCCAAGCCAGAGGAGAAGACUCCUGAAGAAAAGAAGCUUAAGAUAAAGAAAAAACCCAAGAAGGCCAAAAUUACUGAGGAAGCGCCUGAGGAAACUAUUGUCCUUAAGAAGCCAGAGGAAAAACCACAAGAGCUUCCUGAAGAGGUUACAGAAGAGGUCACAGUUCCCUUGGAAGAAAAGCCAGAAGAGGUGCCAAAACCAGAAGAGGUGCCAGAAAAGGUGGAAGAAGUUAAGCCAGAAGAGAAGGCUCCAGAAGAAGCAAAGCUUAAAAUUAAAAAGAAACCCAAAAAGCCCAAAGAUGCUGAGGAAGCACCUGAGGAAACAAUUGUCCUCAAGAAGCCAGAAGAAAAACCAGAAGAGCUUCCUAAAGAAGUUACAGAAGAGGUCACAGUACCCUUGGAAGAAAAGCCGGAAGAGGUGCCAAAGCCAGAAGAGGCAACGGAAAAAGUGGAAGAAGUCAAGCCAGAAGAGAAGGCUCCAGAAGAAGCAAGGCUUAAAAUUAAAAAGAAACCCAAAAAGCCCAAAGAUGCUGAGGAAGCACCUGAGGAAACUAUCGUCCUCAAGAAGCCAGAAGAAAAACCAGAAGCGCUUCCUGAAGAGGUUACAGAAGAGGUCACAGUACCCUUGGAAGAAAAGCCGGAAGAGGUGCCAAAGCCAGAAGAGGCAACGGAAAAAGUGGAAGAAGUCAAGCCAGAAGAGAAGGCUCCAGAAGAAGCAAAGCUUAAAAUUAAAAAGAAACCCAAAAAGCCCAAAGAUGCUGAGGAAGCACCUGAGGAAACUAUUGUCCUCAAGAAGCCAGAGGAAAAACCAGAGGAGCUUCCUAAAGAGGUUACAGAAGAGGUCACAGUACCCUUGGAAGAAAAGCCAGAAGAGGUGCCAAAGCCAGAAGAGGUGCCAGAAAAGGUGGAAGAAGUUAAGCCAGAAGAGAAGGCUCCGGAAGAAACAAAGCUUAAAAUUAAAAAGAAACCCAAAAAGCCCAAAGAUGCUGAGGAAGCACCUGAGGAAACUAUUGUCAUCAAGAAACCAGAAGAAAAACAAGAAGAGCUUCCUAAAGAGGUUACUGAAGAGGUCACAGUCCCCUUGGAAGAAAAGCCAGAAGAGGUGCCAAAGCUGGAAGAGGUGCCAGAAAAGGUGGAAGAAGUUAAACCAGAAGAGAAGGCUCCAGAAGAAGCAAAGCUUAAAAUUAAAAAGAAACCCAAAAAGCCCAAAGAUACUCAGGAAGCACCUGAGGAAACAAUUGUCCUCAAGAAGCCAGAAGAAAAACCAGAAGAGCUUCCUAAAGAAGUUACUCAAGAGGUCACAGUCCCCUUGGAAGAAAAGCCAGAAGAGAUGCGAAAGCCAGAAGAAGCUCCUGUAGGACUGAUAAUUGAAGAGAAACUUGAACCAUUUGAGAAAAAGGAAGUUGUAGAAGAGGAAGCAAAGCUUGCUAUCAAAAAGAAACCAAAGAAACCAAAAUUCAUUGAAGAAGCUCCUGAAGAGAUUGUUACGUUGAAAAAGCAAGAGGAGCAACCCAAGGAACAGCCGGAAGAAAUCAAGGAGGACAUGACUGUGACAUUAGAAGCGAAGCCAAAAGAAACUCCAAAGCCUGACGAAACUCCUGAAGAACUGGUGAUUGAAGAGAAACCUAAACCGGUAGAGAAAAAGGAAGUUGUAGAAGAGGAAGCCAAGCUUACUAUCAAAAAGAAACCAAAGAAACCAAAAGUCGUUGAAGAGGCCCCUGAAGAGACUGUUAUAUUGAAGAAGCCAGAGGAACAACCGAAAGAACGUCCAGAGGAAGUCACGAAGGAUGUCACUGUGACAUUAGAAGAAAAGCCAAAGGAAAUUCCAAUGCCUGAGGAAGCUCCUGAAGAGCUGACAGUUGAAGAGAAACCUAAGCCAGUUGAGAAAAAGGAAGUUGUAGAAGAGGAGGCCAAACUGACCAUCAAAAAGAAACCAAAGAAACCGAAAAUUAUUGAGGAGGCACCUGAAGAAACUGUGACACUCAAGAAGACCGAGGAAAAACCGGAAGAACGUCCAGAGGAAGUCACGGAGGAUGUCACUUUGACAUUAGAAGAAAAGCCGAAGGAAACUCCUAGACCUGAGGAAGCUCCUGAAGAACUGAUACUUGAAGAGAAACCUAAGCCAGUUGAGAAAAAGGAAGUUGUAGAAGAGGAAGCUAAAUUGACCAUCAAAAAGAAACCAAAGAAACCGAAAUUCAUUGAAGAGGCACCUGAAGAAACUGUGACACUCAAGAGGACCGAGGAACAACCGGAAGAACGUCCAGAGGAAGUCGGAGAGGAUGUCACUGUGACAUUAGAAGAAAAGCCAGAGGAAACUCCUAAACCUGAGGAAGCUCCUGAAGAACUGACAGUUGAAGAGAAACCUAAGCCAGUUGAGAAAAAGGAAGUUGUAGAAGAGGAGGCCAAACUGACCAUCAAAAAGAAACCCAAGAAACCGAAAUUCAUUGAAGAGGCACCUGAAGAAACUGUGACACUCAAGAGGACCGAGGAACAACCGGAAGAACGUCCAGAGGAAGUCAGAGAGGAUGUCACUGUGACAUUAGAAGAAAAGCCAGAGGAAACUCCUAAACCUGAGGAAGCUCCUGAAGAACUGACAGUUGAAGAGAAACCUAAGCCAGUUGAGAAAAAGGAAGUUGUAGAAGAGGAGGCCAAACUGACCAUCAAAAAGAAACCCAAGAAACCGAAAUUCAUUGAAGAGGCACCUGAAGAAACUGUGACACUCAAGAGGACCGAGGAACAACCGGAAGAACGUCCAGAGGAAGUCAGGGAGGAUGUCACUGUGACAUUAGAAGAAAAGCCAGAGGAAACUCCUAAACCUGAGGAAGCUCCUGAAGAACUGACAGUUGAAGAGAAACCUAAACCAGUUGAGAAAAAGGAAGUUGUAGAAGAGGAGGCCAAACUUACCAUCAAAAAGAAACCAAAGAAACCAAAAUUCAUUGAAGAGGCACCUGAAGAAACUGUGACACUCAAGAAGCCUGAGGAACAGCCAGAAGAACGUCCAGAAGAAGUGACGGAGGAUGUCACUGUGACAUUAGAAGAAAAGCCGAAGGAAGCUCCGAAGCCUGAAGAAGCUCCUGAAGAACUGACAAUUGAAGAAAAACCUAAACCGGUUGAGAAAAAAGAAGUUGUAGAAGAGGAAGCCAAGCUCACCAUUAAAAAGAAACCAAAGAAACCAAAAUUCAUUGAAGAGGCGCCUGAAGAAACUGUGACACUCAAGAAGCCCGAGGAACAGCCAGAAGAACUCCCAGAGGAAGUCGUGGAGGAUGUCACUGUGAGAUUAGAAGAAAAGCCGAAGGAAGCUCCGAAGCCUGAAGAAGCUCCUGAAGAACUGACAAUUGAAGAGAAACCUAAACCAGUUGAGAAAAAGGAAGUUGUAGAAGAGGAGGCCAAACUUACCAUCAAAAAGAAACCAAAGAAACCAAAAUUAAUUGAAGAGGCACCUGAAGAAACUGUGACACUCAAGAAGCCUGAGGAACGGCCAGAUGAACGUCCAGAAGAAGUGACGGAGGAUGUCACUGUGACAUUAGAAGAAAAGCCGAAGGAAGCUCCGAAGCCUGAAGAAGCUCCUGAAGAACUGACAAUUGAAGAAAAGCCUAAACCCGUUGAGAAAAAGGAAGUUGUAGAAGAAGAGGCCAAACUUACCAUCAAAAAGAAACCAAAGAAACCAAAAUUCAUUGAAGAGGCACCUGAAGAAACUGUGACACUCAAGAAGCCUGAGGAACAGCCAGAAGAACGUCCAGAGGAAGUCACGGAGGAUGUCACUGUGACAUUAGAAGAAAAGCCGAAGGAAGCUCCGAAGCCUGAAGAAGCUCCUGAAGAACUGACAAUCGAAGAAAAACCUAAACCGGUUGAGAAAAAAGAAGUUGUAGAAGAGGAAGCCAAGCUCACCAUUAAAAAGAAACCAAAGAAACCAAAAUUCAUUGAAGAGGCGCCUGAAGAAACUGUGACACUCAAGAAGCCUGAGGAACAGCCAGAAGAACGUCCAGAGGAAGUCACGGAGGAUGUCACUGUGACAUUAGAAGAAAAGCCGAAGGAAGCUCCGAAGCCUGAAGAAGCACCUGAAGAACUGACAAUUGAAGAGAAACCUAAGCCAAUUGAGAAAAAGGAAGUUGUAGAAGAGGAGGCCCAGCUUACUAUUAAGAAACCAAGAAAGCCAGGAAUUCAUGAUGAGUUACCUGAAGAGAUACCAACAGUUACUUUAAGAAAAAGAGUUUCGAAACCUCAAGCUCUUGAUGAUGUUAGUGAAAAGUUUACAGUGUCUCUUAAAGAAGAGGCUCCUGCACCAAGACAGUAUGAUGAAGUUGAAGAAAUGUUUGAGCUGAAGGUCCCUCGUAAACUUAGUACAACAGAUACUGACUUUUCUUUAAAGGCAGAAGGUGAAGAUCAAGCUACACAGGAAGAUACUAUUCACCUUGAUCUUGCUUCCAGAGAAGAGCAACGCACAGUGACAGAAGCUUCAGAUGAAGUCAAGAUUGUACUUCAAGAGCCUCAAGGUGACGAAGAGGAUAUUGAAAUAAUUGAGUAUGUGGCAAUCACUACCUACAUCACAGAAGAGGAGGAUGGCUUAGAUCUUGAGGAAGGCGAGCAUGUUAUAUUAGUGGAACGAAAAACUGAGGAACGAUGGCUUGUACGAAAGACCGUCACUAAAGAAAAGGGGAUAGUUCCAAAGUCCAUCUUAGAAGAUGUUGCUUCUUACAAUCACCUUCUGGACCAAGUGUUGGAAGAAAAAAUAGGCAAAAUACCUGUAUUUGGGAAACUACUUCCGGGAGAAAAAAUGACAGCACCGAAAUUCCUUGAAAAGCCCAAGCCAACAGAAGUUGAAAAGGGACAGCCGGCAACGUUUCAGUGCAAGGUACAGGGUAACCCACGGCCAUACGUCACUUGGUUCAAGCAGACACAAAUCAUAAAGUCAACAACAGAAUUUGAGAUUUAUUAUGAUGAAGAAAAUGUGAGCACCCUUGUCAUUAAUGAAGUCUUCCCAGAAGAUGCAGGAACAUACACUGUGGUUGCCAAGAACCCAGCGGGUUUUGCAUCAUGCUCAGCUGACUUGACAGUUCAAGAAUUCAUCAGUGAGCAGACAAUUUCCAGACGCACAGUAUCGAGGUCAUCAUCAUUGCUGGAUAUACUGGUAGAAGGAAUUCCUCCAAUUUUUUCAGCACCUUUACGGCCUCACUUGAGGAUUGAUGAAGGGAGCACGCUAACUCUUGUCAUAAAGGUCACUGGAACUCCCGAGCCAGAGGUAACUCUCAAGGUGAAUGAUAAACCCCUCAAAGAGAAGGACGAUAAGCGAUUCUCAGUCACGAAAACGAAAGAAGAUCAUAAUUUCAUAAAUGUCACAUUUGUCUUAAAAGAUGUGAAACCAGGUGAUGCAGGUACAUACGAAGUCACAGCUGAAAACUGUGAAGGGACUGUAACGAAUCACAUUGAAGUCGAAGUGAUAGAAAAGCCUAAGGAAGAGCAAGAACCGCCAAAAUUUACUCAGACUUUCAGUGACACUGUGGUUACAGAAGAAGAAACCGUAAAAUUAAUUGUGAAGUACACUGGAAAACCAAGCCCCACUGUGACGUGGUACAGAGAUGAUAAACCAAUACGUAAAGAUAGCACAAAAAUUAUAAUUCAAGAGGAUGAGUCGACAUCAACGCUUGAGAUACCCAAGUCUGAUGUCACUGAUACUGCAAAGUACACGUGCACUGCAUCCAACCCUGCAGGCAAGGUCACACACACUGCAAAGGUGACCGUACAAGAACCAAACCUCACAUUUGUGGAGAAGCUUCAAGAUGUAGAAGUAAAAGAAAACCAUGUGGCCAUGUUUGUGACAAAGACAAACCGGCCAGUUGAUCACGUCACUUGGUGCAAAGAUGGAGAGCCAAUCAAACUUGAUGAGCCACAGGACAAAUAUCAAGCAAUAUCGGAAGGGCCCUACCAGAAGCUUGUGAUCAAGAAUGCCAGUAUCAGAGAUGAAGGUGAAUACACAUGCGUACUGGGAGACGAGGAGACAUCAGCAGACUUGGUUGUCAUUGAACUGCCUCCUGAGAUAACCACCUUUUUGACGGACCAAACUGUUGCAAAGGAUGACACAGCUCAAUUUUUCAUUGAACUGACCAAAGGUGAUGCAUUGGUUCGUUGGUUCAAGGAUGGGAAAGAGCUGCAGUUCAGUGAUCGUGUGAGACUAAAAAUUGACGGGAAGCGGCAAGUUUUGGUAAUUAAAAAUUCUGUUCUACAAGACGCUGGUCGCUACACUUGUAAAGUUGGUGAUCAGUCAUGCAGUGCUCGUCUCACUGUUGAACCCCCAUCUGUUGAGUUUACCGCCAGGCUACCAGAAAAAACAACUGUGCCUCAAGACACGGAUGCUGUUUUUGAGGUGGCUUUGUCACAAGCAGAUGUUGACGUUGUCUGGAUGAAGAAUGGAAAGCCCAUUCCAAUGGACCAACGCUUCAAGUUUAUUAAAGAGGAGAAGGUUAGGCGACUUGUGGUACCAUGUGUUGACAAAGAUGACACUGCUGAAUACACAUGCGUGGCAGGAAAUGUCAAGACCUCCACAAUACUUCAUGUUGAAGAUGCUGAUGCGGAAUUCACACUACGACUGCAUGAUGUGAUUGUCCGUGAAAGUGACACUGUUACACUACUUGUUGAAGUGUCACGAGAGACACUUGAAGUCCGAUGGAUGAAGGACGGUGACUUAAUCCAACCAUCUGAAAAGGUCGUUGUUACAACGGAAGGGAAAAGUAGGAAGUUAAUAAUACGUGAAAGCUCAAUGGAUGAUCAAGGCGUCUACUCUUGUGUCCUAAAGGACAAGAAGUGUUCAUCGUCUGUUCUUGUUCAUGCACCUCCAAAGAUUACCACGGACAAGCAAACCUUCUCAAGCAGAAAAGGAACAACAUUGAAACUUCCCAUACCCUACACUGGCAUUCCCCAACCAACAGCAACAUGGAAACUGAAUGGACAACCACUAGAGCCAGUCAAGAACAAGAUUAUCCAAGAAAUUUCACCUCAAGAGGCAACACUGACGAUAAAAGACCUGCAGCCCACGGACACUGGAACUGUGACACUCACUCUCAAGAAUUCUUGUGGUGAAUGUAGCAAACCGUUUAAUGUCACAUGUAUUGAAAAGCCCAGUGCACCUGGGGUGCCUGAGCCUUCAGAUAUUUCGAGUACUGGCUCACUUAUGUUGUCCUGGAAGCCACCACAAUCUGAUGGAGGUUCUAAGAUCACAAAUUACAUUGUGGAAUAUCAUGAUCGAAACACGCUUCGUUGGACACUCUAUUCUGACACUGUUCAGGACACUUUCACAAAAGUGGAGGGUCUAUCACCUGAUGAAGAGUACAUGUUCCGUGUCACAGCUGAAAAUGAAGCUGGGAAAGGUGAUCCUUCCCAAGGCACUAAGUAUAUUCGUAUUCAGCCGAAAGCUGGGGAGCCACCAGUAAUUUUAGAACAUCUGACUGACAAGACUGUUGGUGUGAAAAAACCAGCAGAAUUAACUUGCAGAAUAGCUGGGAACCCUACACCUGCAGUCAAAUGGCUUAAAAAUGGCAAAGAUCUCGUCAUGAUUAGCAACUUUAGUGCUGAAUUCAAGGAUCAGAAAGCUACACUUCGAAUCAAGGAGGCAUCUACAAAAUCAGGAGGAAAGUACACAUGUAAAGCAACGAACCCACAUGGCUCCACAGAAACAACAUGCACACUAUCUGUCCAAGAUCCACCACGAGCAGAAUUUGAUGAAAAACUUCGAAAUGUCCGCAUCAAUAAGCAAGAGGAAUUCAAGGUUCCCUGCACCAUUCACGGAUUUCCGAAGCCUACUGUCACAUGGUUACGUGACGGGGCACCUAUUCAAUCAACCAAGCAUACACUCAUUACAGACAAGGAUGAUACUUCCACCAUUACAAUUCAUAGUACAGAGGGUCCAGAUUCUGGUGUUUAUACACUUGAAUUAAAGAAUCCAGCUGGAAGCAUCAGCUAUGACUUCAGACUCAGGGUGCUUGACAAGCCAGGUCCACCUGAACCACCCAUUGAAUUCCUGGAAACUGCUGGAGACCACAUCACACUGUCAUGGCAACCACCGCUGGAUGAUGGAGGGUCACCCCUUACAAAGUACAUUGUAGAACGCUGCGAGACUACAAGAACAGUCUUUAUUGAGGUUGGUACAGCACAGCCAGACACCACCACCCUCCGAGAUCCUGAUGUGACUGAAGCAAGCGAGUACCUCUACAGGAUCUCAGCUGCCAAUGAAUAUGGCAUUAGCGUGCCACUCACUUCAGAACCUGUAGUGGCCCGCUGUCCAUAUGAUAAACCAUCUGCACCAGAAGGUCCACUGAAGACUGCAAAGAUGACGGACACUUCAUUGGUAUUGACAUGGCAGGAGCCAUUGUCUGAUGGUGGACGCCCAAUAAUUGACUACACAAUUGAAAAACGUGAGGCCACUAAGAAGGCCUGGAUUAAAGUUGGGACAACAGAGAGUUUGUCCAUGGAAGUUUCAAACCUGAAAUCAGACAAUGCGUAUAUGUUCCGAGUGACAUGUCGCAAUGAAAUAGGCAGCAGUCCACCACUUUCAAGUGAUGAGCCAAUAACAGUCCAUGCCCAAAUACAGCCUCCAGAUGCACCUUCUGCUCCCUUACACAUCUCUGAUGUAACAAACAAAACUGCUACACUCACAUGGAGCCCACCUGCAUUUGAUGGAGGCUCUCCCAUCAUCGCCUACAUUGUAGAACAUCUCAGCGAAGAUGAGGCAGUCGGUGACACACCAAAGUGGGUGACUGUUGCUAAUGUAGAUGGAGGAACGACGACACAUCGUGUUGCGAGCUUGAGCGACAAAACCAGGCAUCGAUUCCGAGUUCGUGCCGAAAAUGCUGCUGGUACCGGGCCACCUCUUGAGGACAGUGGUGAAUGGCAGGCACUACCAGCAGCAGCCGACCGCCCAACUCCACCCACUGCACCACUUGAGAUACUGGUGACUGGUCCAAACUCAAUGGAUGUUUCAUGGGGACGCCCUGAAUGGGACGGUGGGUCUCCACUCCUUGGCUACACUGCAGCCCUCAGGGAUACAUCACGGACAAUGUGGAUGGAGGUGGGCCAAGUAGAUUCUGAAACUCUACGUCUUCACAUCAAAGACCUGGAGGAAGGGGCGCAGUACCAUGUACGCAUCUUGGCUCGAAAUGAUGUGGGCUUCUCCGACCCACUUGAAUCAGAGGAGCCCAUAACUAUUUUACGACCGCCAGGUAAGGGCCCUCGUGGUGUUAACAACUUGAGCCACGAAAAAUACACUUUCAUCCAUGUGAUAUUUCUAACAUACGACACCAUAUUAUCUGACUUUGUUGUUAGCUAUGUAUUUCAGUUUUUACCAUUGCUUGUGCUCACAUUACGAACUCAACGUACAAAGCAUGAUAGCGGGCACGGAAAUAAAAAUGAGGAAGCAGACAAGAAAGACACAACAUAAGCACUUGUGGA